AUGCCAUUCCUCACUCAGGACGCGGAGCGAUUCGAUGGGCUGUCUCUCCUCUACUGGUGAGCUAUUCAUCCUGUGCUCCUCCCUCCUUUCCUCAUUUCAUACCUCCUUUUGUCUCAUUUAUCUUUAGAAACUUGUCUCCUAAAGGUGUGUUUUACUCAGUUUUGGUUCGCAUGCUCUGUCCCUGCGGUUUUUGCGGCAGGAGUUGAUGUGGGUCACGGACUUCAGAGGGGAAAUUGGUUUACAGCCUGUUUACUGGCAGAUGCCUCGGAGUUUAAGUCCGCAUGCAUGUGUGCACUUCUGGGUCAUGCAUGUUAGUGCAGCUUUAAAGGAACAGGACAGCAUUUUUAAAAAUCAAAACAGUCUGUGCACGCUGGUUUGGUCUGCACAAAUUAAAGAGAGUAAUGGAAUGAUUACUGUUUGAUAUCUGCAUCAAUUUAACUUUGAAAGAAAUCCCUCUUCUGUGACGAUAGGAGCUAAACAGAUUAGUAGACUGAUAUGAUGUUAUGGGUGCAAUUGGCUUCUGUGUUGUGUUUAUGAGAUCGGAAACACACAAGGAUUUUCACUGAACACUUAAUAAGACUUUAAACUGAAGUUUUAUUUUAAUUGUUAGAACCGUUGGAAACCUAAACCUACUCAAAUCUUUAACCUCUGUUCAUCCAGUGUUUUAUAAACACAAGGUUUGCAAUUGAGGUUUUGUAACAGUUGUGAAAGUUUAUUUAGUAACACCUUUGGUAAAUGUUUAAUGACGUCUGAGCAUUUGUAUUCUUUCAAGGUGAAUUUCCAGAGGGUUCAAUCUGGAAAAAUACGUUUUCUCCUGAGAGAUUGACGUGUCGCAGCAGUCUUCUGACAGAGAAGCUAUUAUCAGUUAUCAUUAGCUUGAAUAAAGGGGAACAGGUGGUUAUUUCACACCAUCACAAAGACAGACCAAUAAACUGAGGAACAGCUUCUUCCUCUGAGCUGCAGCCUCCAGAUCUCACUCACACACACACACACACACACACACACACACACACACACUUCAUUAAGCUGAGAAGGACUGUCAUAAAAAUAACACUGCUGCUCUUUAAACCUGUGACAGUACCAAAGACACGACCUACACUUACUCACUCUUAUGGACUGGUGUUCAGAUCAGCUGACGUGACUUGACUUUGAGGCUGAACUGACCCUAUACUCAAUAUCUGAGGUGCAUAUAGCUUCAGAUUAAUUUUGACUAUUACCUGAGGCACCUGGAGGAUUUCUGAAGUGAGAUGUACCAUUUUACGGUUCAGUGGUGUCACUGCCUUGCGGCCCGUUUUCAACCAAGCUGCCCCUCAUUAUUCUGGGUCUGAUUUUACCAGGAACAUGUGGAUCACUGCCGCUCCUCUCUGUACCUCAGGCUUUUGUAUCUCAAAUAGUCUUGCUGUCAGGCAGAAACCUCACUUCUCUGUGUGCGAUCCUUUUAAAUGUCCUUUCAUAAAUCAAUGCUGUCAGAUAUUCUUUACAUUUUUUUAUGUUCGAAAGUUUCAACCAAUGUAAAGUAUUAAAGCUCAUGUGACUCAAUCCCAUAGUUAGCCGGUACAGAGACAGUAAAGAGGUACUGAUGUGAAUGAGUGAUGAGUGAAUAUGCCAUAUAUGUUCAUCGCAAUAAUGAGUCGAAGCUGAAUGUAUCUUCACAUUGCUGCUGGAUUGGAAAUUGUCGUCUCAUCAGCGGACCCCGACCCUCAGGUUUAAACACCAAAAAUCUGCCACAAAUAGAAGAUAGUUUGAAGUCACCCCAGUGAGCCAAAUCCUCUCUCUGAUCAAGACUGAGACAUGGUGGAAAACUCCUUCAAAGCUUUAAAGUGGAGUCUUUUUUCCACUCUCAUAAAUUCUUUCCUUCAUCACAGGAUUACUGUCGGAUUCAGACUUCUACCUGCCAGACGUAAGCUGUGGGGGAAGAAAGUGGGUGCAACAGAUGCUGCUUUUAUCCUCUGUGGUGUCUCCAUAGGUGGUAAAAUCACACGCUCUGUACCCCAGGAGAUACCUGUGAGAUAACUCAGUUUAUACUUAAAACCAUUCAAUUAAAAUCAAAGCAAAGAACAGUGAAGAUCGUGAGCAUUCACACUCACUGUUGAUCUGCACAUGUGGACCAAUGUGACUCCUAGAGAGCUCUUUAGUGUAUGGAAAGGUUUGGAAAAACAUUUAAAAUAAAGCACCUGAACUUCCCACAGCAGUCAAGAACAAAGGCAUCUGAAUGUGUUGCUCUUUCCAUGAAAUUAAAGCUGCAAGCAGUGAUGAAGGGUCAUUUGCACCAUUGGUUAUGUCUGGGUUUGGUGCACAUUGGGCCGGAGCAAGUGUCGGGUUGCUGGGAUGACGGUUUAGGGUGUGCAGACAUGAUGCAUAAGCCCCUGAAAGCACAUCUGUCUUUGAAAAAUCGUGGUGCAGUGGCUGGAUGAAUAACUUUUAAUUUAUUAACAGUUUUAAUAACUAUGAUAAAUAACUACAGGGCUCGACAGUACGACUAAAAAUUGAUGCAUGCGAAUUGUAAAAUGUAUUUAUGGGCACAAAUGCGCAUCAAAACAAUCAUGCGAGGCCACAAAUUUGUUUUCAUGUAAAUACUGUGGUGAAGUUAGUUUCAGGUUGGAUAUCCGGGAAUAACAACAGCAGCGCGGUUAAAUUACCUGUCGAUGUUCUCAAAAAAGGCUGUUUUCCUUCGACAGCUUCCAUGUCAUGUGACCAAAAGACCUAAAAUUGAUUUCAAAUAAUAGUACUUAUGUCAACUGAUAAGACAAACAUUAUUUGAUCAAUUUUCAUCGUGCCCAAAAGUUCUUUGUGUGUGUCUUACUUUUUUAACUUGGGAGCACCUCUGCUCUUUGUGAAAAAAGUUAGUGUCAAGCCCUGAACUAUUAUGAACAAAAGAAAGUGGAUUUCUCCGUUUAAACCAAAUGUUAACUGUUCCCUUAGAAAAUAAACCCAACUCUCUGACUUUUAUAUCAGUAUUACGGCUUAAAAAUGACUCAAACACUCAGCAAUCGCAGCGUCCUGAUCCAUCUAUCAGCUCUGACUCUUUCUGUUUUGAUCCUCCAAACUCUGAGGACACCACAAACAAAUCCUCCCAGCAUAAUUUCAUUAGAGCUCUGGGACUUAAAGAGGCUCUUUAGCCAUGAAUAAAGUAUCAGCUCCUUUUACUGAAUUAAAACGACAAAAAUAAGAAGAGCAACAGUUCACAUUAAAAAUAGCUUCAGCAUCAUUUUAAUGUCUUUAAAAUCACUGUGAUUGAUUUGCAGAUUUUUCCUCACCUUCAUGUAUUACCCCGACAGUUUUUGCCAUAAUUAUAAUUCAGAGAUCUGAAGUUGUGCUGGUCAGUGACCCGGAUUUAGUUUUGACACAUUUCAUUUGUUGUUUUUGCCUUUUGAACCAAAAUAAAGAAACAGGCCGUCCAACUCAUAAAAAAUCACCAGAGAUACAAGAACACAACAUUCCAGGCGUUUGUUUACGUUCCAGGAAGUCUGUCACCUCCUUUUCUUAUUUAAUAUAGUGAGCCGUGAUUGGUCGAGGAUCAGCUGAGUCACGGCGAGACAUUAUGGCUCUUUAAUCUGUAAUCUUAGCGUGACGUUAGACACAUAGCUCUAUUUACCUAACAGAGGGAGCGUUUGCUGCCGCUUUUUUCUGCAGCGUGAAUUCGAGCGCAGACAGAACACAGGUUGUGUGUGUGUGUGUGUGCUCAGACGUCUGUGCUGUUACUGCGUGUUCUCUUGGCAGUCGGCCUGUGAGUGAUGAUAAUCACUCGCGGCAGGUAAUACAGAUUAUCAGGUAUUAAGUGAUCAGUUUAAUUGCUUCCUCAUGUCCCUGCUGUUGGCUCAGCUGAACGUCGACAUCAUCUGCUGCCGGUGAAGCUCACAGCAACUGAAAACCAACAAUUAACCAACAAUUAGCAUGAAUGUGUCCGAGAGCAUUGAAAUGGUCAUGGUCAUCUUCAGAGCAUGGCAGGAAGUGUCCAUCUUACACUGUGAUAGUGUCAUUUAGCAGACACUUUUACCCAGAGCGACGUACAUUCAGAAACAACUGGGAACAGCCAGGAGGGGCAAGCAAGGUUGGGUGUCUUGCCCAUAGAUAGAAUGGACGCUGUCUGCCUUCUCGCUAGGUGAAGCCACUCCGAGAACAGCGCCCUCUUGUAAUGGGCUGCAGAAAAAAUGCAGAAAUACCGAGAGCUUUUCGGCUUCAAAUCCGUAUACUGACGGAAGGCGGAACCAAGUUGUCCGUACAAUCUAUGAUCUUGCCCAAGUGCACUUCAGCACAUGGGUAGCUGGGGAAUCGCGCCCCCGGCCUUUUGUUUACGAGAUAAGUUUUGAUUUGUCGGCAGAGACGGUUUCCACUUUGUCGGUCUUUCUGGAACAUGUUGUUGGUCUCAAAUUUAAAUGAGAACUUAUAAAAUCUUACAAUUUCUUGUCUUUGCACUAUUUAAAAAUAGUAAGAUGGAAGCAGCGUCUACGAUUUCCAAAGACAAUGUCAAAGUUCUGCAUCCUGGUUCUAUCUGGUCUUUUCUUUCAUGGUUCAGUUUGAACCUCAUCAGUGGAUGAAGUGAUGAACUGUGUUCACAGUCAAGUGGUUUUUGAAGUGAAGACUGAGGACAAAUGAAGAGAAAGGACAACUGGACUUACUGGAGACAUUUCGCGUCUCAAGCAAGUCCAGUUGUCCUUUCCAUGCGGUGAUUUCCACUCCAGAGUCCUGUCUGUUUUUAAUGCCCUGAAGAUCAGAACCAUCCAGUCCUGGUUUUGGUCCUCGUCCCUUUAGUACAGAAAUUUCUCCAGAUCCUCUGAAUCUUUGAAUGAUAUUAUCUACUGUAGAAGAUGAAAUCCUCUCAAACUGUUGAUCUGUUAGCACAUGCAGUCUCUCACAGAGUCCUGAACCUCUUCCAUUUUUCCUUCUGAGAGACUCAGUCAUGUGACUAACCUGUUGGAGAUGUUAUUCCACCUGUUUUUUUAGCAUUAUAACUCUUUACCUGUUUGACUGCUCGUCUGAAACACCUUUUUAAAUGAAAUGUAAAAUCAGCAUUUUUUUUUAACAGUUACAUUUUUAAAUUCAAAUAUGUGAUAUGUUGUCUUUUCUUUGCACUAUUUUUUAAAAUAUGUUUUAAAUGAUUUGAAAACCUCCAAAGUCUGUUUUUAUCAAGGGAACUUUUCGGAAGCUGAAGUUGGGCUAACGCUGACCUCACGUAAAGCAGCAGAAAUUCCGAUCUUUAUUUCUUGGCUGAUUUUCAGAAGUUUGUCCAGGCUUGGAAUCUUUGGGUUUGAGUUUUGGAUGACGGCAGGAGUCGGAUAAGAAUUCAGAAUAAAGUAUGAACAGGUGGACAUCUAUCUGAAAAUAGAGCCAUCUGUGUUUAUGUUUCUAAAUUUAGACCCUCGGCUCUUUGAACGUUGUGGUUUCACAUUUUAAUCAGCAGCCUCUUAUGAUCUAUAAUACUCUCAGUCUUUGGAGGCGUGUUAAGUUGGAUAAUAUUUCAAAAUAAGCCCUUGUUGAGAGAUCAGUGACCUCCAUUUAACCCCCAAAUCUUUACUCAUCCAGUUGACUGUACAUUAUCCCUUACAUAACACGCAGUAUAGCCCAGCCCUGACAGCAGCGAGGCCUCACAGCUCAUUGUAGGUGAAAACAAAAGGCAGGAGGACACCGUAAAGACAUCAGAGAGGACGAACAGUCCUGAACACAGCUUCAAUAUGACUGGAUUUCAGAUGGAGAUGUAAAGGAGCAGAGUUCAUCCCAUAAGUAGGAGCUUAAGUGGACAGACUGAAGUGCUGAAGGUGAGAGCAGGCUUUGAGCUUCCUGACAGUUUAAAGUAAGACCAGUAUUCGUGUAAAUGGACAUUUUUUAUGCACUAGAAGAAGUGAAAACUAGAUUUAUUUAAAUUAACAGUUUAGGGUACCUGAGUUGUCAGCCUUCUUAUUGUUGUCAUGAAACUCAAGGUUUGAAAUGACGUGAGCUACAUUCUCUGCAGAGGUCCCUGCUAAAUAUAUCUUUGUAUGUAAACCAGCAAAAACAAAUCUCCUGGUUGAAAAAGAAAAACUUCAUAAAGUUUCAGGAUACAAAAAUUUGUGUUUUUUCAAAUGCUCUUCUGUUGACAGGAUGUCCCAUGAAGGGGCUGCAAGCUGAGCUGCCACGAGCGUCCACAGUGUAGGAGUCAUGUUACAGUCUCUUAGUCCUUGGAGGAUGAUUGGGUAAAUUUCAUUGUCACAUUUAAAGUAAAGAGUCUGAAGUUUGUAAUUGUAGAAACAUAUUUUUCCUCCUUGUUUUGUCUUCCUUCAUUGCUCCUCUGAUAAAAGCAGAGAACCACGAGGGGCUGAGAGCUGAGCUGUCACUACUUUAGGUCUGGAUUGUUUUGUGGUUUAAAACAUUAAACCUUUGAUCAAUAAAAGUACCAGACAUGCUGUGAGACCCCUCCACUGCUGCUCUUGGCUAGAUUUUGGCAUCUCUUUUUAUCUUCAUGUACUUGUACAUACUUGAAUCAGCCUGGCAACUCUGAAAAUGUCUGAGUAAAAAACUUUGUGUUGUUUCUGCAGCACACCUACUGGAAAAAUACACAAAGUCAGGGAGGAGGAUGAUUAGUAUAGGCUUACAUUCAAAUCCACUCCCACUUUCACUCCUGGAGUGAUUAUGCUUCCUCUCACACUGCCAUAGCUACCCACUGACACCACCAAUUACAUGAAGUGGCACACAAAAGCAUCCUGUCGUAGCCAGUCACCAUGUUAAGGAUCAUACCCUGGAUCAUAGGUGUAGGUACUGGCUCGGGUUCUCCUGGAGUUCUUGCUAAAUUUGUGUUGGUGUUUUUCUGCUUCUGUAUCCUCCCCCUUACCUGGGAUUUCAACCGCAUCCGGAACGGCAGCGAUUUUCGCCGUACGCCAAUUCCAUUUGUGGGGGCAAUUUCAUGGCGGGUUACAGACAGCAGGAAUCACGAGAACUCAGAAGAACCCACGGAUUCACGUUCAAUCACACGAUAACAAGUUGUCUUUAGCCACAUAGGCUAACCAUAUAAGCUGUAGAUUGUGUCCUUCCAGAGGAGGAAAUCUACUUCUAGACUUCUAGAAUCAGCAUCUCCUCAUCCAUGGUGUCAUCGGGGUGAAAUGACGUCUAAAAACCUUUCACUUGUUCGUCUCCGCCCGUUUGUAUGGUGUGAAAUACGAUCCUCCUGAAACACAGAGUGUUUUAUUUUGAAAAGAAGCUCAAUGUUUUAUUUUGUGUCUGUGCCCGACUUCCUUUACAGCACGGGUUAAUCUGUGCUGAAUUUAUCCGCCAUGCUCUGGCGUCCAGAAAAAAUAGAACUCUUGUGAUCAGCUGAGGAGUCUGGCGAUCCGCAGAGGAACGGAAAGAAGUCGGUGUAAAUUGACACGUUAACUUGAAUGGUUACGAUCGGCAGAUACGGCCUUUUUUGUAGCUGUUCCAGAUGUGGUGGAAUAUGCCGGUUAGACGACAUUCAGGCAGCUCUUCACUAUCAUAGUAACUCCGCCCACUUAGAUCACUGCAUUAAUAAUGAGGUUGGAAACUGAGAGGCUGCAGAUCUUCAGAGGCUGAAUUUGUGAUGUAUCUUGACACUUUUCCUGAAAAACAGCCUGUAAACAAUUAAAAGUACCAUUAUAUUGGACCUUUACAAUCAGAAAAAGUUUGUUAAAGAAUUAACGUUAAAGUGAGUCGGCUUUAAAAAUGCAAAUAAUCUGAGAUCUAGCUACAUUUUCGUGCAGGAAAAUGAUCAUUGUCUUCCAUGAUGCUGUUUCUAGCCAGGACUUUCCAGAGGUGAUCUCAUGCAUUUCCAUGACUGGAUUUGGCAUCAUUGUUAGCAGCAUUGCAAGUUAUUUAAGCAGCAUGACUCAGAGGUGUCACCUGAAAACCAUGUCCUUGUGUAGUGUUUUCAGUCUGGACUUCCUGAAAACAAUUGUAGUAAAUCUGUCUUAACAAGCUUUUGGAUGUAACAGUGGAAAACAAUGCAAAGAGAAUGAAUGAUUGAGUGUUGUUUGGCUGUGACGGGUCAACUUGGAGUAAACAAAACCAAAAGCUUAGAGCACAACCCCAAUGUUCGGGCCAUCUCUCAGCAGCUGACCCAAUAGCCUGAGGUGCACUGAUCAGCGGGGCGUUUAUCAAGCCCAGAUUUCCUCGUGAAAAAGAAACCCUGUUCAAGAUCAGGAGCUCUACAUUUUUUCCAAAGAGAUCCCAGUGUGUGGAUAUAAGCAUGAACCCCUGCAGGGAGCAGCUUCAUCGUAUGAUUGUGUCGGUAGGGUUGAAUGAUAGCAUGUCGUGUAAAGCGCUUUGGAUGGUAGGGAGGCUAGAAAGGAGCUAAAGAAGUCCAAUCCAUUUACCCUGAACCGGUCACUUCCAUUCAUUCUGUGCCAGAUGGUCUAAUGUGCUUACUACUUAGCCUUUGUCGCUCCCUGAUCCCUGCUGGAUGCUUGGUCCUCUGCCUGUUCACCUGAUCCCUCACCGGAUGACUUUACCUGGUCUUACUGCCCCUGUGUGAUUAUUGAUCUCUGCCUGUUUCAGAUCAGGAGUAAAACUGAACUUUUAACCUGCGCUCUGUUCCUUUUUUUAGCUCCGAAUCUUGAACAGUACGUUGUGUAAUUAAACUGGAGGACAAACACUGCUGGCACUACUUAUAUCUAUCGUAAAAGUGCAACUAUGGCUUUUUUCAACUAAAAGCAUAAAGACAACCCCAAAAAAUCCAUGAUUUCCAAUAUAUACGCAUCUUUUUUAUUCAGGACAACCUCAGCUGUGACAGUAGAUUCAGAACCAUCAAAUCAACCAAAAAACAAAAACAGAAAUUGAUACCAACAGUACUUUGCACAAAAAACACAUAAAUUUACAGUGACCAAGCCUUUUCUCACCUGAUCAUUAUUCUCUCAAGUCUUGGCUAUCAGGAGAAGAAAUAUUGGGAUUGGAACAAACACACAACAGAAACUAUUGACAUAUUUACACUCAUUCUUCCAGGCGUUUUUGACUAUUUACAGUUGUUUCUGCCACUCCUGGGAUGAGACAGAGGACCACAUCAUACUGCUCACAAUCUCUUCUUUGCUUGUUUCCAAACAUUGAGGACCAUUAUUUCUGAUUUUACAGACAAGCAGGGAACUUUCUUGUCCCUUGUUGAUCUUUGGUUGUCUUUUAUUGGACACUACCGUCAAGGGAACAAUAGAAGAAGAAUAUGAGACUGUGUAAUUGGUCGAAAGUUUGACAGCUUGUCAAACCCGGAAGACAUUAGCGGCGUGCAGCGAUAGCUUUUUUUUUUUUUUAUCACAACAAUAUGAUAAAUAAUCCUGUUUUCACUGCGGAUUUACCACCAAACGUCUCUGAUCAAACACCUGUUUUUGUGGCUGGAUUGUAAACCUUGUGGCAGGUGUAGAAAUGUCUGGAAACCCUCGAUAGAUCGCCAAAAGGGUAAACUAUUGAACACUUUUCAUCCCAUAGAGAUCCAUGGUAUAGUUCCCGAGAAACUGUAAACAAUAAUGACGGUGUCACAUGGAAUUGCCAGGAAUCCAGCGCAGUUCUAAGUGUUAAAUAAUUGGAGAAUGGAGAAUCCUCAGUCACAGUAUGGGACUCUGAUGGGGGUCACAGUUGACUCUGGGGUCGGCUCUGUGCAGUGCAGUUGUCCAAAAUAAUAAGUAGUUUUUCAGCUCAGAUUCUGUGACAGGCGCACACAGACGUCAGCAUCUGAAGCUCUGAUCUGACAGUGAGCCGAGAGUCGGGACCAAACCAGCAGACAGCAGCAUCAUGUCAAACAAGACUGAGGAGUCUUUGGAUCCCUCUCACACAAACCUCUCCUCUCACACGAAGUCGGGAAAUGUCGAGGGCACAAUGACUGCUCUGUGACGGAACACUGUUUGUGUCUGCUCAUAACAUUCAGGUCGCCGCUCGGUUCAGAUGCGGUGUCGUCUAACAGGCAACAGAUUUUAUUGGUUUGGAUGUUCUGAGGGAGGGGAGUGAGGGAGGGGAGAAAAUGACAAAUCCUGGGAUGAUUUGAUUAUUUUCUGCAGCCUCGGAGCGAGCGAGCGAGAGGGAGAGUAGGAGGGAGGGAAUCGUUGGAUGAGUCAGGAUGUUGAUAUGUUUUUGAAUCUGUUGUGUUUUUGCUCGUUGCCAGGACAAUCAUGGGCCCACACGGCAUCAACCGAGCCAUACAGAGGCUGGAGUUCUGCGACUGCAAGAAGGGACUGGGUGAGCGUCUUCCUCCUGAUCUCUGUGACCUCUGGGUGCAAACAUUGUGUACUUAUCAUCAGACCUGACCUGAGUCUAUGUGUGUGUGUGUGUGUGUGCAAAGGUGUGAAAAUAAUCGGAGGCUACCGCGAGCUGACAGGGGAAGAGUUCGGCAUCUACAUCAAGAGGGUGAUCGCUGGCGGGUUGGCCGCUCUGGACGGUGGGUAACUCCCUCAUUUCUUUAGUUGUAGAGUCACUGAAACAGUUAUUAUAAUCAGGACUUUAAUUAUUAUGAUUACCCCCCCUCAGCGGCUCAGCCCGCCUGUCUGAUUGUCACUCUCUGUUCCAGGUCGGCUUAAGUCAGGUGACCUGAUUCUGGAUGUCAAUAACAUCAGUCUGAUCGGGGUGACCAAUGAGAGGUGAGGUCAGCAUGUGCUGCGUCUGAAUUUCAUCCCUCUGUAUGUGUGUGUGUGUGUGUGUGUGUGUGUGUGUGUGUGUGUGUGUGUGUGUGUGUGUGUGUGUGUGUGUGUGUGUGUGUGCAGAGCUAUUUUUAGGCAGGAGGUAUUUUCUGGUGCAGUUCCAUGGAGCGGUCUGGUUUAGUUCAGCACAUUUAGGUAUGACUGGUACCUCAGCGAGGGUGACAAAUUUAAGGAAAUGUUAGCGGUCGGUUAACGUCGAUUUAUUAAAUAAAUUCAGAUUUUUUUCUCCAAUAUAAAACAGAACAGGAUGAAUUUUCCCUUCAUAUGUAGAUCCUAAAAAAGAAAGAAAGAUGUUUAAUAUUUAUGAUGUAAAACACCUGAAAGUUAAUGUUUUUAUCAAAUUGUAAAAAAAUAAAUAAAGUUUUUACGUUUUUUAAAUAUUUUUUAUGACGCACUCAUGUAACACGUUCAAGUGUGUGACCUACACACCAGGUGAUGACCUGUCCUGUGUCCUGGUAGGGCGGUGGAGAUCUUGAGGACCGCCUCGCUGUCUAAUCACAUGUCCCUGCUGAUCACCAGAGAUGAUGAAGCCAGGUAAGACGAAGCUCUCUCAUAUCUCUGUUUGUGUGAUGUUUCGUCCGUCUGGUUGCUGCGAUUGUUUUGAACAUUUGUGCGAGUUGAAACCAUCAUGGAUGCCAUCCUUAAUUGUCCAGGGCUGAAUCACAAUACCAUCAAACUAUGUUCUUCUACUUUGUGGAUCAGCAGGGUGACAGAAAAUACAAAACUAUGUGCUCUGGAUUCUCCGAAAACCUUCUGGACUGAUGAAAACUCUGCAGGGAGUCUCAGUUUCACAGUAAAAAGUACAUAAAACUUUAGAUUCUUGCCAUACAACUACGAAUCUGCUUCUGGUGAGUCUUAGUUGGAGUUUUAACAGCGUUUUUACCAGAGGAUACAAUCUGGCUCUCUAUUCGUCAGUUUUCUGAUGAGUCAUAGUUUCACUGUUAAUAGUCAGUAACACAGAUGCUUCACUUUUGCUUACCCAUCAUUUGUUUGUCACAAGUCUAGACAGUAAAUAGAACCACGUGGUCUCAGUUUGACAGUUAACAGUGAUUUACAGGGGCUUUACUCCUGAUAAACAUUGAUCUCUGUCUCAGUUUCCCUGUAAACAGUUAAGCAAAGGUGAGUUAUAGUUUCAUUGUUAAUAUUUAGUCACACAGAUGCUUACUGUGACGUGGUGUUCUGUGUUGUAUUAAGUCUGAGUUUCACUGUUAACAGUUUAACAGAAGCCUCAUUUCUGCUUAUUAACAUCUGUUCUCUGGUGAGUCUCAGUUACAUUGUGAACAGUAAAUGACAGAUUCACACUUUUGCUGCUCAUCUGUUUGAAGUGAGUCUCAGUUUCAUUGUACAUUGUGAGUUUCACAGUGGUUGAACUCCGUGUUACCCUAGAAGUCUGAACCUCUGAUAAAAACAGAUUCUCCUGAAACAACCGAUAACAGAUGCCACCUUCCUUCCUGGUUCUGAUAUCUUGAUUAGACCCCUUCAAUAACAGCAACAUUCAUGUUGUUUUCAUGUUGAAAAGCCCCUCCUUUACGGCUCGACUCGUCAGCAUCCUGCAGUUCACCAGUACGACGAGGUAAACUGACCUGGCACUCUGCUGUCCCCUGUGCUUUUCCAUGUCAUCCUGCCACAUCGGGACAAACACACAGUGACACAAUAAGGGCGCCGCAGUGCCGUCCCUCUACCACCAGGUUUGAUCUCCAGCUGAUCACAGAUGUAAAACAGCGCAGGGAUCAGCAAAAACAACACCAGAAUCCUCGUUGCACUUUUUGCAGGGGACACUGUGAGAGCUUCGUCUAAGCCUAUUUAAAAGUCUCUGUAAGCUUCGAAUCUCUUUUACUACACGCAGGUUACAUAACUCUUCACCUCGAGGGUUAUGUCCAAAAAAAUCACUGCCAAACAGGAGGGCAUGAAACAGGACCUGACCUCAGUUUUCCAGGUCUUAUUUUCGCAUCAUUUGUUCUGUUCUGCAGCUAAAUGUUGAAAACAAAACCUCAGAAAACGUAAGAAAAAAGUCCCCAGAAGGACUUUGAUGGUGUUUCUGCUCCUACAUGAGUAUCUAACAUAGUUACAAAUAUCACAUUUAACCCAUGAAGACCUGAACCCUGUCUGAGACUCUGAAGUCCUGAGGGCCGUUUUGAAAAGGACCCCCAGAUCCUGAGGUUUUCUCAAGUGUUGAGGUUUACAAAAAAGCUGAUAUCUCAGCCUCUGUAGCAGGUAGAAACAAGAUUCAAGAAGUAUUUGAGAGCUUACACAUGUGGCUUUAAAGAUAACUAUCUUUUAUUUUUCUGAACCUUCAUCACAUUAUUGAAAACCUUGAACAAACUCAAAUGAAAUAAAGCGGCUGUAUAAAUAAAAGUAAAGACUGCACUGGAGAAAUAGUAUACAGCUGCCAUAGUAUAGUGCCAGUACAAAAGCAGAACUAAGAAAUAAAAAAUAAAUAAGUGGCUGACAGUGUGUUCAUCUCUGUGCUCAAGUCGUGCAACACUCAGAAAUUUCUGACAGUCUGAGACAAAGACCUCAAUAUGAAGAAGUUUUUCACACUGCUGGAUGUUUCUCCCCUAAAGCUGCUCUCUGCCUCCGUCAGUGUUUACUUUCCUCACGAAGCACGUAGCAAGAUCUGAGCAUGAAUCUGAUCGCUUUAUUAGCCUAUCAGAGGCAGACGGGUAUGAUGAUUUGAUUUGCCAAUAAGAGGUACUUUUUUAUAGCAGGAGCAGGUCUCAGGAGGACCCCCCCUAAUCUCUUGGCUAAGGCCCCCAUCAUUAACCACAUCUAGCUCCGCCCCUGCAAACUGAGAAACCAGUUCUAAACAGAAGUCUUUUAAUAAUAAUAAUAACAAAAAUAACUUUAUUUUUAUAGCACUUUUAAAAACUGAAGUUUACAAAGUGCUCUGACAAACAAAACAAAAAAAUAAAAACAUGAAAUAGGUAAGAAAAAGAAAUGUAAUAAAAGAGAGGGUAGAAAGCAGGAAACAGGAUAGUAAAUAUAAAAAGACAAUAUUAAUAAUGAUAAUAAAAUCAUAAUAAAAUAAUGAUGGUAAUAUUAAUGAUAAAAUGAAAUAACAAAAAUGAGCAGGAAAAAAACUAUAAAAUCAGUAAAAGGCCUAAAAGGUUAAAUAGGAAAAGAUCAUAAGUAAAACAAAAGCUAAAAGGACAGUAAAAGAGAAAAGAAACAAGAUUAAAAAAUACAUGAAACUUAAAUCAAGCCGUUUAAAGUGAGUUUUUAAAUUUGACUGAAAAGAAGACGUUUCCAGAUCCUCAGGGGAGUUUUAAAAGUUGGUGAAGGAAACGAAACGGUGUAGUGUUAGAGGUAAAGUGUGACCUCAACUUUACCUCAAACAUGACACCGUGUUUGAGGCCUGCAGCCUCUGUGCUGUUGUCAGCAGAGGAAGGUCGUCCCCGUUCAUCUACAUCCUGUGUGGUUACCAAACCUGCAGCCAGACUGUGUGUGUGUGUUUCUGUGUGUGUGUUUGUGUGUGAAAGCAGCUUUGUGCCAAAAUGUCUGGUUCCACCUGAGAGCCAUUUGUUUCACACUUUAACCAAAUUGUGAUGACGACGACGAUGAUGACGAUGAUGAUGUGCAGCUUUGCCGGAGCGGGACAGCGGGUCACUUUGAGCCACCGCUGGUCAGUGCGAGUCCAGGGAUCUAAUGAAAUCCUGCUGGGAGGAUUUGUUUCUGGUGUCCUCCAGGUCCAGAGGAUCAAAACCGCAUAAACAGACGUUCAGUCUGAGCUCCCAGCAGGAGUUCGGUGGGAUCAGGACUCUGUAAUAUCCGGAUGUUUGUGGAGUUUUAAGCUGUUCUCCUGAUAUGAAAAGUCAGCGUGUGGAGAAGAGUUCAGAGUUAGGAAAACACCUUCUCAAAAGUCUGUCUUUAUUUUCUUAACAAGGAAACCUGAACAAGUCAGCAGUUAUAGUUUCAGGGGUUUAGCUUUCGUCUUUUCAUCCACUUAGUUAGGAUCCAAAUGUCUCUGCAACUUUCAAUGAAAGAAGAUCGAUCUGCUUUUCCACAGCUGGGUGAUCAUCAGUGAGAAAACAGCUUUAAUAAUCGAGAGAUCCUCUUUGUUCUUUUAAACACAGACAGUCGAGUUUAUUUUCUCCAACAAAGGUCAGACAGACAAUCAGCACCUGUGAGCUUUGACCUCUGAGUGUUUGGGCUGAGAGUUUAAGAGGCAUUAACAGAUCAGACAGGGGUAAAGACAGAGAGACAAAGAGGGAGGAGGGGAGGAGACUCCAGGUUUCAGGCUUCCUCUGCGUCCAGGUGAGGGAGACAAACUCUCACUCAUGGAAUCAGCGUCCUUCAGUCCUUAUUGAUCAGAUUUUAGAUUUUUAAUGUUUGUGGAUUGAAUCACCUCAAAAAAGUCUCAUUAGAGAGUCUGAUGAAUAAAGACGGACACUAAAGCUUAUCGUGUUCACUCUCAUUUUAAGUUCAGAUUUACAAUUUUUACAGCUACUUAAGAGCAGUUUUAUGUUUACAGACGAGUUAAAGAAGCAAAGAAAAGUUUGAAAUCAAUGAAACUAAUAAAUUCCCCUCUAUAUUCAUAGAUUUUAGGGGUAAUAAGUUUUCCCAAAAGUGCUAUUCUGUGGAGUAAAAGUUUUUUUUUGAGAUUAAAAAAAAUCUUUUUUCCUCAUGUGAAUUCAUUAGUUUGAAUUUUAUCCCAUAAUUUUCCUUUAACCAAAUUUUUGACUUUUUACUCUUGACUCUGAUUUUUAUUUCAUUAUAUUGAUUUGCAGCUUUAAUUUUUUUAAAAAUCUUGCUUAAUCAUUUGGUGACGAAUUUGACUUUUUAUGUAUUUAUUUAUUUUUUUGCUUUUUUUUUUUUUUUACUUAAAAUUGUUAUUUUAAUUUUAUGUUUUAAUCAAACUUUUCUAAGUUUGAACUUUUUUCCCAGAAAUUUUUUUGUUUUAUUUAUUUCUUUUUUUAAGAUCACUUGAUUUUUUUAUAUUUUUUUAUUAAGGGGAAAGUCCAUGUUAUAAAAGGAAAUCUAAUUUUUUCCUUUAUUCUUUCUUAUAUUCAUUUUUUUCCUCUGAAUUUGACAGUUAAUAUCUUAAGUCUUUUUUAUAUAAUCAAACUGUUCGGUUUUAAGAUCAAAUUCAGUCACUCUGAUUAAAUAUAUUUUGUUGCAAAUUUUAAAUAGUUUGUUCGAGUUGAUAAAGUUGUUAUCAUCAAUCAAACCUCUUUCAGAUCUAGAAGAUUUUUCUAGUUUCAUCCUGUUGAAUUUACCUGUGAAGGUUAAAAACUUAAUCUCAAAGUUCAGUCACAAAAAAUUAUAAAAUUCCUCAAAAUUUGGAAAAUGUUUGAAAAAGUUUUUUGACUUGUAUAAGAGUUUUUCCCACAAAGUCUCCAAUCCUUGUUGUCAGUGAAGGAUUCCGAUUCUCUCCUGCGAAUACUGAUGUGUGUACCCGACCCGUGUGUAUUUUUUUGUGUGUCUCUCAGGAGGGAGUUUGCCGAGCUGAUGGAAAAGUACGGCUCCAAUAACGUCACGGCUUCAGGGCGGAUUUCUCCCACUCAGCUCUCCACAGGUGAAAACAGGCAGAACACACACUUUAAGACUCUGAGUGGGUUUCCUUCACUUUGAAAUGAGACUUAAGUAGGAUUUCUCUGUUUGCCCCGCCCCUUUUUUCAUCUGCCCCGCCUCCUCCUGCUCACCUGUCCAUUUCUUCUUCUUCUCUUGUUUUCGCUCAGGGAAGCUCACAGACACGGCGUCCUCCUCGUCCUCUUCUCGAUCAGAGAGUCCUCAGCUCCUCAGUCCUAAAGAGGGCGUCACCACCUACACCCAUAACCCCGCCUACACUGUGCACACGCCUCCACACGCCUUCAGGUAAACAGGAAGUUCACAGAGUUUCCCAUUAAUGAUAAUUAUCUAUCAUUAUUUAUUUAUUAUGAUUAUUUAUUUUAAAUGUAUCUGCUUUGAGAUGCUGAUCUGUUCCGGUUAACUUUAAUCUACGGAGUCACAGAGGAGUCAAAAAUGAUCACCUUAGUUUAACUUUGACUCUCCACAGCGUCUCUGUUCAAUUAUUUUCAGUCUUAAGUGACUUUUUAAACCUAAACUAAAUUAAAAUCGAGUUUUUCAUGGACCUCAGCCGUGACAGACUUUUAUGGUUUUAAAAUAUCUGAACUGUGUUUUUGCAGCUCAGUUGGGUGAGAGCUAAAAAUAGUCCAAAGCAUUUUCAUCAAUCUCCAGAGAGGAGCAGAAACCCAGAGACAGAGAGAGGAAGAGGAGGAAGAGGAGGAGGAGGGCAGAUACAGAUUAUGUCAUGUGGGAUUGAAUGUGAGCGGCGGCGGUGGCGGCGGCAGCGUGGCUUCGUUGGUUUUUAAUCAUGCUUAGUGUCAUCCUCUCUCUCACUCCCUCUCCCCGUCUCUCUCUCUCUCUCUCUCUCCCCAGUGACAGCAUCAUUCAGUUAAUAUGCGUUGCCAAGGGAACAGGCCCAGGGCUUGUCAUCAAGGGCGGAGCCAACCGUGCAGAAGGACCAAUGGUGUUCAUUCAGGAAAUAGUGCCUGGAGGAGACUGUCACAAGGUCAGCACCCCCACUGAGCGCUUCAUGCAUGAAGUUAUCCUUUAAAACCCGGAUUUUAGAGAAGAUGGACCGGAGUCGAUGAGGGAUGGGAAAAUGAACAGCAGAAGGAAAAAAACAUAAAUAUCAGCUGUUCGUGGAAAAAAACAGUCAACAGAGAGCAAAAACAGAAAUAUUUGAACCAAAACGACACUCAAUACACUAGAAAUCUGCAGGAAGGACAGCUGACAAUUUAGCAAUACAGCACACACACAGAAACAACAAAAUAAAAUAAAACAAGAACGACACAAAAACAAAACAAACACCUUCCUCAUCCCUGUGCCUCUUCAAAAUCAUCUCUUUAUACUAUUUUGAUAGGGCCCAACCGAUUUAUCGACAAACUGAUUAAUCGGCCGAUUUUAGCCCGUUUGAGACUAAUCAGUAAUGGGCUAAGAUUCGGUUUCACUUGGAAAAGGUUCCGCCAUUUGAAAAGUUCCCCAACUUAUCCUGUAGAUGGCGCUACAGCGACCUCAUGACAAUCCUAAUCCACUAACUACCUCACAGCACAGCAGAGUGAGGAUCUGAAGCAGCAGCUCGGGGACGUACGGAGGAGAGUGGUCCGCCUCAACGGGAAAUAAACCAGUUUGUGAAAUACACAAUAAGUCAACAAGUUAGUAUAUAGUUUACUGUAAAUAUCUACUGUUUUUAUAGCUUCAUAAAAAUUUUUAAAAAUUGGCCGACUAAUCGGUAAUCAGAUCCCCCCCCCCCCCCCCCCCCCCUAAUAAUCGGUAUCAGCCCCAAAAAAUCCAUAUCGGUCGGGCCCUAAUAAUUAUGAUUAUUUUGAGCUUUAAACAUUAUUUGAGAUGUUUGUUAUUCCACACUGUCUGUGAAUUUUAACAACAAAAUAACAAGUUUGUGUGUUCCUGAUAGCCAACAGUGUGUAUAACUCGUAUCGCUCUGUUUUGAAUGGUGGUUAGAGACUGUAAUGAUGUUUUAUAGUUCUUGUCUUAAACCUCAGCUCAGUAUGAGAAGUAUGUUGAGAUUACAGAACAGAGUGUGAAGUGAUUUCUGUUCAAAAACAUUUUCUUUGCUUUGUUUAUUAUUGCAAAGCUUCUUAAGAUCAAACAUCAAACAUUUACACCGAGACUCUGAUCUGAUGCUUAGAAAGGAAACCAGAGUGAAGAAACUGAGACUGUUUACAGAGAAACUGAGACUCAGACUGAUUCAGGACAAACAGUUUAUUUUGAAGGGUUUAUCAGGCAGAACAACUUCGAGUAACAUUUUCUCGAUCUUUUAAAACUCACUUUAAAUAAUUCCUUAAGUAUUCCUGUGAAUUCAGCUCUGAGUUUUGUCCGUUUUUAUGUGUUUGUCGGUGUUUCAGGACGGCAGGCUGCAGGUCGGGGACCAGCUGGUGUCCAUCAACAAAGAGUCUCUGAUCGGAGUGACGUACGAGGAGGCGAGGAGUAUCCUGACACGCACCAAACUCAGGUCUGAAAGCCCUGCAGGCAGACAUUAUUCAGGAGGAGGAGGAAGUUUGACUCUGAAAUGAGGAGGAUACCAAAAUAAGAGUCAGGAUGGUGGUUUGUAAACUCAGGAAUAAGACUUCUUCUGAGGGUAACUGUUAAAAAUUCAGUCCAACCUUCCACAGAAUAACUUUGAUCUAAUUAUGAUUCAAAAAUAUUAAAAAUACUUUAUUUUUAUGACUCAAAUCAAAGAUAUUCAGUCAUAAAUAUAUAUUUUUUUUACCACCAUGAGUCAAACCGUCUUUGUGUUGCAGACCAGACCCAACAGUAGAAAUUGCCUUCAUCAGGCGGAGGUCGUCCUCCAGCUCCAGCAGCGGUCCACACAGUCCCAUAUCCCUCCAGGGCCACUGUGGGGGAGCUGGACCCCAGACCAGGGGCCCGACGCUGGGCGCCAUGCCUCCGCAGCCCGCCGUGAUCACCAAGAUCACCUCCAGCCGAAACCCGGCCAGCGAGACUCUGCCAUCAGUCAACGUGAGCCAGGUGAGGUCCAGCAGAGAGAGGGGGCCUCUCACUCUGUCACCAUCAUGCUGUCACUUAAACUUGAACCUGGAUCGGUCCGUUCAGGAGGAGCGGACCGUUCUGGUUCUUAUUUUCCACAGCAGCUACUUCCUGUUAUGUCAGAAAACUCUGGAGUAAAGCGGGUCUGUCCUCUGCUGAGUUUAUGAAACACGAACGCGCUCUUCUCAAACCGGCGCUCACAUGUCGUGUUCAUGUCUGCAGGUGAGAGUGCCUGCAGCCAGAGCCGAGCCCACAUCCAUCCCCUCACCACCAGAGGGCGACAGAAUCCCUGAAACACAUCCAGGUAGGUGUCUGCUUCCUCCGACUCUCUGCUCUCUGUUUUUUCUUUUCUCAUUUUCUCUUUUUCAGAUUUUUUACAUUAAAAAAAAACACAUGAGGGCAGAACUUUGAGUCUUUAACGGUGAAAAUAAAGUGAAACUUUCAUUUUAGAGCGGAGUUGUUUUUUUUAGACCUAUCACUUUAACCGUCAUAUAUUUUACACACAUUUGGACCAGCUGUUUCUCUGUUUACUGCUGUUGUCAUUGUUGGAGUCAAAUCAGAAUUCCCAUCAGAUUAUUUUGUGUUUCUUUAAAUGUACAUUAAACAGAUAAUUUCAUGUUCUUUGUUGUUGUUUUCGGCGUCUUUGUGGCUGUUGAGUUUAUCUCUGUGGUUGAUUUGUUUAUUUCUGUGGGAGACUUUUAUAUUGUUUUAGUUUCUUUAUACCUUUAGGAGUUUUAUUGAUUUAUUUUUCUGAGUUUUUCUGUAUUUUGUUUGUUGGUUUUUGUGAUUUUUGUGAAUGUAUUUAGUUAUUUUGUGUUUUUUUUACGUCUUUUUUCAGUUUAUUUUCGUCUCUUGUUGUCUUUGAUCGGUUAUUGUUGUAUCUUUGUAGUUUUGUAGUGGUUUUGUGUAUUUUUUGACAGCUGUUGUGGUUGUGCCGUGUGUUUUCGUUGUUGUUUUGCGGUGUUGAUGGUUUUGUGUCCUCUCUUGUGGGUCAUUUUUUUUACGUCUUUCAGUUUAUUUUCGUCUUUUGUUGUGGAUAUGUCGGUUUUGUUUGUCUUUGGACGGUUGUUGUGGUUGAUGUCUCACCUCAGGAUGGUGUCUCUGUCGUCACUCUUAGUGAGUUUUUUUUAUUUGCGGACCCUCUCGUGUUGUUAACUCGUUUUUUAAUCGUAUGUCGACAAACACGUCUCUGCACAGACGACCUGUGAAUUAAAAUCGGGCAGCGGCUCAGAUGGACGCCAUCGAGGGAGGGACAGAUGGCGUGUGGUUGGCCGCCUGUUCCAGCAGGAAGUAAAGCAUGCGGGAGGUCUGGCCUGUGAUUGGCCGAGGGGAUUUGAAGCGUCAUGGCGUCUCUGUGUGAGAGGGAUCCUGAGGUCUUUCUAAAGUGAGGGUAUUUGUUCAGUCUGACGUCAAACCUAAAAUAGAAAAAUGAGGGUCCAGCCGAGAAGUGGAGCUUUUAUUUUGAAAGUCAGAGUAAGAACAUGUGUGACUGACCUUUCUGAAGGUGGUUUAUCAACAGCAGGGAGGAAAAGUGUCGGACAAAGAUGAUCACAGAAGUUUGUCCUGGAGGAUCUAACUUCAUAUUUUUGAGUUUUUCCCUCUUUAGAAAUGUUUACGAACAAACUCCGACUUUUAUGAUAAACUCAGAGUUAAUUAAACUCUUCAGACACUCUCUGAAACGGGCUCUAAGAUGAACUCAUGUCCUGUCUGAUUUUUAUGGUUUAGAGGUUCUGCUUUGAACCCUUCCUGGUGUGUUUUGGACUGUGUGUCUCAUGGAUCCUGUUCAGUCUGAAUUCAAUGAUAUUUGGUGACAUUAGAAAUCAGCUGAGAGUUAAAAAAGCCUCUUUGGUCUGCGUGUGUGUCUGUCGUAUAACCAAGGACGCUCAUGAGUUUUAUUGUGUCUGAUUUGGUUUCCCUGAGCCUCUUUGUGUCUCUGUGUGUUUCUCUGUGUUUCUUCAUGUUGUAUUUGUUAUCAUCCGCCUUCAUUUGUUUUUUUGUGUGUGAUUGUUUUCUCUUUUUCAGUUUAGAAUAGAAUAGAAUAUUCCUUUAUUGAUCCCCCAUGGGGGAAAUUUUUUUGUCACAGCAGCAUCACAGACAAGACAGAAAGUGCAAAAUGCAGUUAUAACAAUAAGGGUCCUAAUAUUAAGAACUUAAUAAAUGUAAUAAUUAAGAAAAAAAAAAAAAAAAUUGAAAAGAGAAAAGGGAGAAGAAAAAAUAAAGCUUCCUGCAAUAUACACAAUUUAAAUGCCAUAAAAAAAGUGGUGGUGUAAAUCCAGUUUUGUUACUGUUCAUUGUAAAGUCUUAUUGCAGAGGGGAGGAAUGAUCUGCGGUAGCGCUCCGUCCUGCAGGGUGGGAGUCUCAGUCUGCUGCUGAAGGAGCUGCCUAAAGCCCCCACAGUCUGGUGCAGUGGGUGAGAGGGAUUGUCCAUGAUGGAUAUAAGCUUUGUUAACAUCCUUCUCUCACCCACCUCCUCCAGGGAGUCCAAAGAGCAGUCCAGGACAGAACCGGCCCUCCUGACCAGUCUAUUCAGUCUCUUCCUGUCCCUCUCGGUGCUCCCUGCCCCCCAGCAGACCACUGCAUAGAAAAGUGCAGAUGCUACCACAGAGUCAUAGAAAGUCCUGAGCAGAGUCCUGCACACUCCAAAGGACCUCAGUCUCCUCAGCAGGUGGAGACGACUUUGGCCCUUCUUGUACAGAACGUCUGUGUUUGUUGACCAGUCCAGUUUGUUGUUGAGGUGGACACCCAGGAAUCUGUAGGACUCCACCAUCUCGAUGUCCAGACCCUGUAUGUUCACUGGAACUGUUUGAGGUGUCCCCCUCCUGCGGAAAUCCACAACCAUCUCCUUUGUCUUACUGGCGUUGAGCUGGAGGUGGUUUGUGCCACACCAGUUGACAAAGUCAGUGAUGACAUUCCUGUAUUCCCGCUCGUCCCCUGACGAUACACAUCCGACGAUGGCUGUGUCAUCAGAGAACUUCUGGAGGUGACAGCUCCCAGAGUUGUAGCUGAAGUCUGAGGUGUACAGGGUGAAGAGGAAGGGGGAGAGCACUGUCCCCUGUGGAGCCCCCGUGCUGCAGACCACCAUGUCCGAUACACAGUUCUGAAGCCUCACAAACUGUGGUCUGUCGGUGAGGUAGUCCACGGUCCAUGCGGCUAGGUGACAGUCCACUCCCGCCCGCUCGAGCUUCCCCCUGAGCAGUGAAGGCUGGAUGGUGUUGAACGCACUGGAGAAGUCAAAAAACAUGACCCUCACAGUGCUGCCAGUGUUCUCCAGGUGAGCCAUGGACCUCUGCAGCAGGUAGAUGACUGCGUCAUCCACCCCGAUGUUCGGCUGGUACGCAAACUGCAGAGGAUCCAGAUCAGAGCUCACCAGGGGGCGGAGGUUCCUCAGCACGAUCCUCUCCAGAGUCUUCAUCAGGUGAGAAGUGAGGGCCACAGGUCUGAAGUGGUUGGGCUCCCUAGGGUGCGCUGUCUUGGGGACAGGAAUCACGCAGGAAGUCUUCCACAGUGUUGGGACCCUCUCCAGACUCAGGCUCAAGCUGAAGAUGUGCAGUAGCACCUCACAGAGCUGGUCUGCACAGUCUUUCAGGAGUCUGGGGCUGAUGCCGUCAGGACCCGUGGCUUUCCUUGGCUUCAUCUUCCUCAGCUCACUUCUCACCUGGUCAGCUGUUAUGGAGAGGCUGGGGGUGGUGCUGGAGGGGGUGGUGGAGGAUGAGUGGAGGGGGGUUGAUGGUGUCGGUGCCAUGGGACUGAGGUGGUGUGAAUAAGAAUAAGAAGAAGGAGGAGCAGCAGACGGGUCGUUGGUUAGAUGAGUCGGGGGAGGAGUGGGAGUAGAGUCAAAUCUAUUGAAGAACAGAUUCAGCUCGUUGGCCCACUCCCUGUCUCCUGCUUCAGAUCCCCUCUCAUGGCCCCUGCUAUGACCUGAGAUGGAUUUUAGGCCUCUCCAGACCUCCCUUGCGUUGUUCUGUUGCAAAAGGUUUUCCAUCUUGGUCUUGUAGCUGGCCUUUCCCUCUCUGAUCUUCUUCUUCAACUCCUUCUGCACCCUCCUCAGCUCCUCCUUGUCCCCAGAUUUAAAGACCCUCCUCUUCUCCUUCAGGAGGACUUUCAGUUCCGGGGUCACCCAGGGUUUGCUGUUGGAGAAACACCGUACUUUCCUGGUGGGUACGGUGUUCUCAACACAGAAGUUAAUAUAGUCCGUGAUGCAGUCAGUCAUGGUGUCGAUGUCAUCACCAUGUGGGCCGCACAGUACAUCCCAGUCUGUGGUCUCAAAACAGUCCUGCAGCGCCUCAGUGGCCUCCUCAGACCACCUCUUAACAUACCUGAUGGUGGGGGGUUGUUUCUUCACCAUAGGUAUGUAAAUGGGCUGCAGUCUCACCAGGUUGUGAUCUGAGCGGCCCAGCGGGGGAAGGGGGAGGAGGUGUAUGCAUCCUUGGUGUUUGCAUACAGUAAGUCCAGAGUUUUAUUGUCUCUUGUUGGGCAGUUUACAUACUGGCUGAAGGUAGGGAGAGUGGAGGACAGCGAUGCAUGAUUAAAGUCUCCAGAGAUGAUGAUCAGAGACUGAGGGUGUGAUGUCUGUAGCUUGGACACUUCAUUAUGGAGGAGUUCACAGGCUGCAGCAGCCUCAGCCGAGGGGGGGAUGUAAACAGUUAACGCGAUGACGUGCGAAAAUUCCCUCGGCAGGUAAUAAGGCCGCAAACUCACAGCCAGCAGCUCAAUGUCCUUAGAGCAGAGCUGCUCUUUAACACUGACGUGCCCAGCAUUACACCAUCUCUCAUUCACAUACACCGCUAUCCCGCCUCCUUUCUUCUUACCACUCUCCCUCACGCUCUGGUCCGCUCUGACGAGGUGAAAUCCGUCCAAAGUUACGAGCGGGUCCGGAGUGAGUUCGUUCAGCCAUGACUCCGUGAACAUCAUGAGGCUACAUUCCCUAUACUCCCACUGCAGCCGAGUUAGCGCUGUGAGCUCUUCCAUCUUGUUGGGGAGAGACCUCACGUUUCCCAUGAUGAUGGACGGGACAGUUGGUUUGUAACGCCUCCGCUUUGCCCGAUGCUGAACUCCAGCCCUGCAUCCUCUCCUUCUUCUGCGGAGCUUAGCGGGGAUGUCCGGUCUCUCCCACGAAGGUGGCCGGGCUUGGCGCAGCGCCAACAGCUGUUCACGGCUGUAAACAAUGCGGCCGCUGAAUGGGUCGCCGGUCGCGGACUUAAAAACUCCGAAAAAUAAAAGAAAACAAAGUGCUAGAGUCAUGAACUGCACAUCCAUGGCUGGAAUAUGCAGACACAACACUGCUGAAUGAAGAGAAAGAUAAAAAGGUGCAAAAAAACAACAAUAAGAACGCAAAAACGUGAAGUCGUUGAGGAGCUGCUGUGACUUGCUGCCACUCUCAGGGCGCCCGAGUCACCAAGGAGUUUAUUGUUAGUGUUUGGUGUGUUUAUAUUUUCACUUUGUGUAGUUUAUUAUUUGUAUUUUGUGGAUGUUAAUGCGUGUUUUUGUCACUUUUCAGUUUAUUAUGUUUUGUGGUUGUUUUGUGGUUGUUUUGUUGCUUUUUUAGUGUACAGUGAUCCCUCGCCACUUCGCAGUUCACUUAUCGCGGAUUCGCUAUUUCGCGGAUUUUCAUAAUGCAUUUUUUAUUUAUUUUUUUUGGUGCAUUGUGUUCUGCAUUCUGAUUCGCUAAAAACUCACUCCCGCUUCUUGUAUCAAAACAUGCUACGAAUUGUGCUAUCAUUUUGUCGUCUCGUGCAGUUAUGUGUACGUACAUAAAACAGCUUGGCAAAUUUACAUUAAGUUGGCCAAAUUAUCUUGUAAUUUCGAACAUCUCCUAAACCCAUAAUGUCGACGAAACGGCCUGGACCGACAAAAGCACCUGCGGAUGGGCCCAAACGGCGGAAGAUGCUACCUAUCUCAGAUAAAGUUAAACUUCUGGACAUGCUAAGGGAAGGUAAAAGCUAUGCAGCCGUUGCUCGCCAUUACGGAAUCAAUGAAUCUUCCGUUCGUUACAUAAAGAAGGAGGAAAAAAACAUAAGGACGACAGCAGCAGUCAAUUUUAAUACGAAUGCAAAAAGGGUUGUAACUGUCCGCAACAAGACCAUGGUACGGAUGGAGACGGCAUUAGCUCUGUGGAUUAAUGACUGCAGGAAAAAAAACAUAACCCUGGAUACAAAUGUUAUCUGCACAAAAGCGAGAAUGCUGUAUGAAAACUUUGCUGUCAGUGACGGGGAAGAGGGAGAGGAUGCCGGGCCCUCAGUAAGUGCUGCUGACACAGUGGGAGAGGAUGCCGGGCCCCCAGCAAGUGCUGCUGACAAAGUGCCAAGCGCAUUUAAUGCAAGCAAGGGCUGGUUUGAAGAAGACGCUUUGGACUUAAAAAUGUUUGUCUGCACGGUGAGAUGGCGUCUGCGGAUACCGCUGAGGCAGAAGCCUUCGUGAAAAAUAAAUUCAAGGCGAUCAUUGAGGAGGGGGGAUAUAAGCCCGAACAAGUUUUUAACAUGGAUGAGACUGCCUUAUUUUGGAAACGAAUGCCCUCCCGCACCUUCAUCAUGCAGGAAGAAGCCAAAGCCCCAGGAUUUAAAGUUCACAAAGACCGUUUGACCCUGGCUAUGUGCGGAAAUGCCGCAGGUUUCAUGAUUAAACCGGGGCUGAUUUACAGGUCUAAAAAUCCCAGGGCGCUGAAAAACAAAAAUAAGGAUGAUUUGCCUGUUUACUGGAUGUACAAUGCAAAGGCUUGGAUGACAAAAGCGCUCAAUCUGGAUUGGUUCAAAAACUGUUUCAUCCCGGAGGUCAAGUGUUAUUUGAGAGGAAAGGGACUGGACUUUAAAGUGCUUCUGCUCCUUGACAACGCCGGAGGUCACGGUAAUGAUUUGGCAUAUGAUGGUGUGCAAAUCGAAUUUCUGCCGCCAAACACUACAUCCCUGAUUCAGCCCAUGGACCAAGGAGUCAUCUGUGCUUUCAAGGCUCUCUAUACGCGCAACACCCUGCAACAUCUUGUUGACGCUAUGGACUCGGAUCAAGAUUUCUCACUGAAGGACUACUGGCGUGGAUACACCAUCGCAUCAUGUCUCCAAAACAUUCAGAGGGCCAUUCAGGAAAUGAAAACGGAAACUCUGAAGGCCUGCUGGAAAAAACUAUGGCCAGAGGCAGUGCAAAACGCAACCGGAGGCUCGCUUGACGAGGUCCACCACUCUGCCGUAGAAACAGCUGUGAAUCUGGCUAAACAGAUUGGAGGAGACGGCUUUAAUGACAUGAGUCCGGAUGACAUAAACGCCCUGAUUGAUGGAGACGCACAGCCGCUGACCGAUGCAGAGCUGGCAGAAAUGACAAAGCCACAAAGCGACGAUGAAAGAGAAGAGGGAGAAGAGGACACGAGAGAUGAGGAGGAAGGACUAACGCUUGGUCGCUUAGCAACCAUGGUGCGAAUGGCCACUGAACUUAAGCGAGUAGCUGAGGAAUGGGACCCUCUGAUGAGCCGUUCAUUACAGUUCUCCAACGUAAUCGAUGGUGGCAUGUCGGUGUACAAGGAUCUUUUUGCAAAGAAGAAAAAAGAGCGACAACAGCUGCCUAUCACUAUGUUCUUCUCCCGAACAAACACACCUGCACCGCGGGCUUCAGAAGAAGAGAACACUGCAGAGCGCAGUCAGGAUGCAGCGGCCCAGUCUGAAGAGCAGUGAAACGGCCUACACGUGAGUCACUGUAUUUGUAUACAUGUAAUAGUUGCUAAUUGUAAAAAAAAAAUAAAGUUUUCUAUUUCGCGGAUUUCACUUAUCGCGGGUCAUUUUCGGAACGUAACCCCCGCGAUAAACGAGGGAUUACUGAAUUGUUAACUAUUGUUGUGAUUGUUUUGUGUUUGUUUUUCACUUUUUUGUUCGUGUUUAGGACGUUGUUGGUGUUUUGUGGUUGUUUUUGUGUGUUUUUUCUCUUUUUCAGUGUAACGUUUGUGUUUUUUUUUCACUUUUUUAUUAUAAUGUUUGUGUUUUGUGUGUUUUUGUCACUUUUUUGUUCAGGUUUAGGAUGUUGUUGGUGUUUUAUGGUUGUUUUUGUGUGUUUUUGUCACUUUUUUGUUCAGGUUUAGGAUGUUGUUGGUGUUUUAUGGUUGUUUUUGUGUGUUUUUGUCACUUUUUUGUUCAGGUUUAGGAUGUUGUUGGUGUUUUAUGGUUGUUUUUGUGUGUUUUUGUCACUUUUUUGUUCAGGUUUAGGAUGUUGUUGGUGUUUUUUGGUUGUUUUUGUGUGUUUUUGUCACUUUUUUGUGGUUGUUUUUGUGUGUUUUUGUCACUUUUUUGUGGUAUUUUUUGUGUGUUUUUGUCACUUUUUUGUGGUAUUUUUUGUGUGUUUUUGUCACUUUUUUGUGGUUGUUUUUGUGUGUUUUUGUCACUUUUUUGUGGUAUUUUUUGUGUGUUUUUGUCACUUUUUUGUGGUUGUUUUUGUGUGUUUUUGUCACUUUUUUGUGGUUGUUUUUGUGUGUUUUUGUCACUUUUUUGUGGUAUUUUUUGUGUGUUUUUUUCCACUUUUUUAUUAUAAUGUUUGUGUUUUGUCACUUUUUUGUGGUUGUUAUUGUUAUUAUUUUUUUCCCUCCGUUUGUUUCGGCUCUCUUCCGUGGGCGCCGCGCCUCUUCUUACUCAUCUUUGGAUUAUCCUGUAUGUCAGUGUCGUCAUGUUUGUAGGUGUUGAGGAUGACAGAUCCACCAGCAGCUUGAACACUUAAACACACCCACAGGCUUCUGCUCCGUCUUUACCUGACGUUCGAUCUGAUGAUGAAACAAAAACUAAUUUACACCCUUUCAUUCAGCGCUCUGCUGACAGCGCCGCCUCAGUCCGCUCUCGCUGAAUGACUGAUGAUCUCUGGAUGGAUGUGAACGACCUCUGAACGAUAACUCUUUAAUAUCCGACCUCUGCGUCUGUGUUUCUGCAGAACCGUCCAGCAGUCAGCCUCCUCAGACCAAAUGCUCCAUCAGCACCAGCUGUCGCCUCCAACUGGACAGACUGGAGCAGGUAGGUGUGUGUGUGUGUGAGGGAGGAGGGAGGGAGUGUUUUAUAUGAGCUUUAAGUGAAUCUCAUCAUGAGACGUUCAACCUUUAAAGCAGAGAGGCGAAAUAAAAACAUCAGGAACCAGAAAGAGUUCAUCCAAAUAUUCAAACUCCUCAAUAAACAAACGAAGAAAAGAAAACCGUUCCUGUGAGGCGAUUAUUAAACUUUAAACACAUCUGUGAACAUGAAAUAAAACAGUCUGAACAAACACAGACCUUCACUGGAAAAGAGGAUUUUUACUCUCAGGGUCAUUAAGCCUCAAAGGUCGGAUUCUGCCCCAGGCUGCAGGACUCAGCUGGACCCUGUCAGCUGAAAACCACAAACCACCAAGUCAAGGGAUGAGGACUCUGUUUUAAAAAGAGGUUCAGACUCGUCCUGCAUAACCGUGAACUCUCCUCUGAGUGAGAAAAACAACAAUCGAUCAUCUCAAACUCCUUUAAAGACGAAAACGAGCUGAAGGUUCAGAAAGAGACGUGACAGGAUGAAGCUGCUGAUUGAUUUUUGUUCCAAAACCAUCACUACACUCUAUUGAUCUGUCAGUGUGUGUGUGUGUGUGUGUGUGCGUGUGUGUGUGUGCGUUUGCACGUGUGUGUGCGUGCAGGCUCUGGAUCUGCUCGGUCUCAAACCCACAGAGGCUCAGAGGCAGACGUUCAGGUCCAGACUACGACCUGACCCAGCAGGGACGGUGGCCUUCACAGGUAAGACCCUCCACUCUCUUUUCACCCCGUCCUCCUCUUCUUUGAGUCCUCCUCAGGGUCCUAAAGUCUGUGUUUUUAGGGUACAAGGUCUGAAGCUCGACUCCACUCUUCAGCUCAUCAGUACAUCGAUAAUUCUCACUCAGUGACCUGUUCGUGGUUUCUGUGUCUUUAAAGGAGGGGGGCCGAACAGAGCGGCUGAAAUCAGCUGUGUGAAAAGUAACACAGCCGCCUCUGUAGGUGAAGAGCAGACGCUGCAGCACUUUAACGCGAGCCCUGUCUGUGUUUUCAGAGUUCGAGGUCCUGAUCAGGGAGCUGUUUAAGCCUCAGCUGGAGGAACUGGGAGUCACCCAGCCGGGGUCAAAGUUCACGUCUGAUGACCUCUACAGCUUGUUGGAAUCAAACACCAACACACAGGUACGAGGUCUCUGCAGGGCAAGAUUUAGAACACACUCACAGAAUUAUUCAAAAGUUUGGAGACGAUCAUUUUAGAGAGAAAAGUUCGUUUUUCUUGUAGCAGCAUGAGUGAUCCGACACUUUCAGGGUGACGCACCAAUGAGGUGACUGCUCAGGAAAUAUUAAUAACUUUAUUUGUAAAGCACUUUUAAAAACAGAAGUUUACAAAGUCCUUUGACAUGUAGUCAAAGAGCAAAUGGAAAAAGACAAGUAAAAAAAAAAAAGCUCAGUUGAAACUGAAUCGAAGGCCAAUUUUUUAAGAUAAUACAAGAACCACACAACAUAAAAUGAGACCAGGAGGACCAAAAUAAAAAAAUAAAAUAGGUAAGAAAAAUAAAAUGUAAGUAUCCCUGAAAUGCCUGAAACCACAAAUUAAGGCCAGAAAAUUCACAUUUUUUGGAGCUGAAACGUUUAUUUCUCUGACGACUGAAAACCAAAAAAAAUCAAAAUGUCCAUAAAAUUUAACGAAUAUAUUUAUUUAUCUGGUUUGAUACAUUAGAUGUUGUUGGAAACUAAUAAACUACAGGAGGACAUUUUUAUCAUUUAUCAUUCAGGUGUUUUUUAGUAAUUUAUUGAUCAUAUUGAUUUGAUAAAAGUAUGUAUCAAAUAUGAUUCAUUAAAGGGUGAAAAGGGGGUCAAAAACGAAAACAGGAUAGUAAAUAUAAAAGGCAAUAUUAGGCCUGUCACGAUAACAAAUUUUGCUGGACGAUAAUUGUGCUACAAAUUAUUGCCGAUAAACGAUAUUAUUGACACCGUUUUUUAAAUUAUAGAUAAUGAUAUUAAAUGGCAUAAUAAUGCGAGUACACCCUGUCAAAAGUGAUAAACUUUAAUUUCACCCACGACGAAGACGUAACGUUGACGAGCUAAACAUAAGUCGGAGAUGACUAAAAUGUGACGAGACGAAAGUGCGUUUACGUUGAUGGGACGAGACGAAAAUGACGAACAGAGUUGCAAAACUCAGUCAGUUAAACGCUAAACAUACAGGAGCAGCUUCAGUCCGCUCUGACAGCUCUCAUCAGCCUGCUGUGCUCCUCCAACACACAGACACACACGCACGCGCGCGCACACACACACGUGGAGUUUUGUGGUUGAUGAAAACAAAACUGGUUUAAAGCCGAAAUAUUCCCACACUUGGGCUGUUGCGUUCGGUUUAGACACCAAAGCUGUCGUGUUCAUUCUGUUAGCUUGCUUUUCACUCACGACGCUCACUUGCAGCGCUGUAUCCAAAAGUCUGUGUCUGUGUGCCUGUGCACGCCUACGUGUACCUGUCCGCGCGCCUCCUCGUAACAAAGAUACUGAAUGACUGACAGGAGGGUUCACUAACUCUGUUCAUUCCGCUAUAGAGCCAACACCCCCAGGUGCCGAGAAAAAUGCGCAGAGUGAGACCUGUUCUCUCACCCAGCGUGUUUGGUAGCGAGAGAGGAGGAAAACAAACCCACGUCAAUUAUCGAGGCUGGCAAAAUGACCGACCUCGUUUUUAUUUAUCGAGCGAUAAGGCGAUUUAUUGAUUAUCGCGACAGGCCUAGGCAAUAUCAACAAUGAUAAUAAAAUAAUAACAGGUAAAACUAAUAAUAACAUUAAUGAUAAAAUAGAGCAACAGAAAUGAGUAAGAGAAAAAAAAAACAAUAAAAGGCCUAAAAGGUUUAUUAAGAAAAGAGCACAAGUUUAACGAAAACUAAAAAGACGGUAAAGAUGAAAUAAGAUAAAAGAUAAAAGACGGCGUCACGUAAAAUCAAGUCUGUAAAAGUGAGUUUUUAACUUUGACUUAAAGAAGCGUCUGUCUCUGCUGUUCGCCUCAUCUCCUCUGACAGGUCGUUCCAAAGUCGAGGAGCUCUGAUGGACAAAGAUCGAUCAGCUUUAGUUUAGAGUCUCGACUUUGGAACGACCAGGAGGACUUCACCAGAGGAUCUGAGGCUGCGAGUUUAACUCAUAAGGUGGUAAAAACUCUGAAAUGGAGCUCGGAGCGAGUCCAUCAAGAGCCUUACACCAUAAAAUAACACAUAUGAACAUUUAGGACCUGAUUAAAGAAGAGUGAGUCUUUGCUCUCAUCCUUCAGUGUGAUUUACACAGACACACACGUGCAGAUGGAGGGUGUCAGUGUGUCUCUAUAUGUGCAGGUCUUUACCAGCUCCGGUGUUAGAUAACCGUUUGCACACAUGUCCACAUGACAGACACCUUCACACGUGUCAUCAGGUGCGUGUCGCGGUCCUGCUGGCCGUCACGUGACGAUGUGUUGGUGUGCGGCUGGAUGUGAGCGCGCUCAUCGAUCUGUUGGUGUGUGAAGCGGAUGUAAAGAUUUUCUGGGUCAAACUGUAUCAGAGGGAUAAUCGACACAUCCUGAGAGCAGCGAGCCGACCCUGAAAUAAAGAGUCUAUAUCAUCAUCGGAGUGUCAGUCAGAGCGGCGGUCUUUGUUAGGAACACCUCUGACUCUGUUUUUGUGGUUCUGACCCGUUCAGCCCUCGCUGUCCGACUCCGACGACCUGGAGGAGAUGGAGAGGCUGAGGAAGGAGCACAUCGAGGCUCUGAGGGAGAUCAAGAGGCUGCAGGUAAACACACACACACACACACACACACACCUGUCUGUUUUCCCCUCCUCUCAUUGGCUGAUCUUCUUAGACUUCCAGGUGAUGUCUGUGUUUUUAUCCUGACUCAGGAGCAGCUGGUGGAGUCUCAGAGAGUUCACCAUCAGAUGGAGGAGGAGCUCAGUAAGGUCAAACAGGUGAGUCACACCUGGGUGAGGUAGAGAUCUCCAUCAGUGAGGAGUCAUAACUGUUUAAAGUAUUAUUCCUUUAUAACAGUGAACCAUCGAUUAUUUCCACUGUAUUCUGGAUGUUAGAGUGACGAUAAUUAAGAUUAAGAAACGAUAAUUAAAGGACUCAUGUUUAGAUUAAUGAGUAAAGGGUUCAACAUGAACUCUGUCAGGGUACGAACCUGCACCUCUGUAAGGUUUUACUGCAUGCUUUUUUACUUUUAAUGUUACUGCAAGUUUUAUUUUAUAAUCAUCAACAGAACAAGCAAAACAGAUGAUUGCCCAAAAUUUCUAACAACAGGUGUAUUUUUACAUAUUUUUUCAUCUUUGAGUUUUUUCUUUAAAAAAGGAACAAAAAAACAUUUUUUAAAUUAAUCUGUUUUGGUAAAAAGUUUUAAAAAGGGAAAAAAAACAAACGUGUGUGUGUGUGUGUGAGAAAGUUUUUGGUACAACAGCUGAAAAAAAAAAACGGCAGGUGACCCUAAAAACACAACAACACCUGAAUAACUCAACAUCUGCACACCUGUUCACCCUCUGUUUCUGCUGUAGAGUGUGUUUCAUAUGUGUGUGUGUGUACGUGUGUGUGUGUGUGUGUGUGUGUGUGUGUGUGUGUGUGUGUGUGUGUGUGUGUGUGUGUGUGUGUGUGUGUGUGGGUUGUUGAGGUGACUCUGAACAGCAGCAUCAGGUCCGCAGUGGGAGGAGUGAAAGGUCUCCAAUGAAUCUUAUUUUGGACUGGUGUGUGUGUGUUUUCAAGUUUGUGUGUGUUUUUUUAAGUGUGUGUGUGUGUGUUUUUAAGUGUGUGUGUGUGUGUGUGUGUGUGUGUGUGUGUGUGUGUGUGUGUGUGUGUGUGUGUGUGUGUGAUUCACAGCUGAAGGGUCUCAGCCUCUCUCACUCCCACUCCGCUGCCUCUCAACUUUUAUUCUGUUGCGUAAACGAUCGAUAUCCAGAUUUAGACGCGGCUGAAACAACAGAGACGGGUCAGGACGUUUCAGUGUGUGUGUGUGUGUGUGUGUGUGUGUGUGUGUGUGUGUGUGUGUGUGUGUGUGUGUGUGUGUGUGUUCAGGCUUUUAUUUUGCUUCUUAUCCACCUCCUGAUCUGCCGCUUCAGAGAAAAUGAAUCAGAAACUGUUUGAUCAGAUUUAAACGAUGAUCUUCUGUCACCUCGUUUCUGCUGCCCUCUGGUGGACAAGAAACGACCUUCUGCAGGUUCAAGUCUCAGUUAAUUUAUCAACGUAGGUUUUACAAAGAGACCAGGACCAAAACGAUUACGAUGUUUAAACGAUAUACCAUGUAGCUCUAAUCCAGUGUCAGGAGGACGAGGAGCUGAAACGAUAAGAAGUUGUUUUUAACAUCUGUUGUGUUUUUGAUUUGAGUGAAAUCUGGAGGUUUUAUAAGACGGCCUCCUCACCGCCGCGGUUUGGAGAAGUUUUCACUCCGAAGUGUUUGAGUCUGGACGAACUCGGCGUGUGUUUAAUAUCCUUUCUUCUCUCAGGGCAGCUCUUUACCGGCGCUUUUAUGGCUUUUAGUGAAAUCAGCUCUCAGAGACGGAGACAUUAGUCUUACAUAACAUUCAAACAAAGACAGCUGUAAGUGCCGUGGUGAGCGAGCGCCGUUUCUCAGCGAGACCGGGAGCAGAAACACCUCUGACUCAGGAAGAGACCGGACCCUCGCCGCUCUUUUGUGGUCGUCUCUGUUCGCAGCGAGAAGAGCGUUUUCCUCCAUUAUGUCGUCUUUGCUGCAGAGGUCGACACGCCGCCUUGUUAGAGCUGCAGGUCAGGGGGGAGGGGCCUCUCAGGGGCCACAGCUGGAGGGAAGGAGCUCACACUGGGAUCCAUUACUUACCCAACAAGACGAGUCCCCCACACACAUACACACACCUAAACACACACACACACACACUCACGCUCUCCACCUGCUGCUGCUGAAAAUAGUCUGUAACGUCUCAUUUUAACGCCGACUGUGACCUCUUCCUCUCUGAUGUACACACUCGGCGCGCUGACAGCGGCGUUAAUGUGCGAUAACAUUUCCUGCUAACGCCGACCGAGCGUGAUUUAUGUAAGCGCCCGAUCUUUCAGAUGAGAGCUGCUCUGAGGGAAAAAAGACUUUCAGCCCGAGACGAAGAACAGAGUCGGUGUUAGUGAACAUGAACGUUUGAGGAGAGAUGAGAGAGAAACGACUGAAGCUCAGAUAUGAAGUGAAAGAAGAUGUAAAAACUGUCCAUGUUUUAUAGAGACUGUCUCUUUUCAGCUGAUUUUAUUCACUUUAUUUUAAAGAGUUCAGACGGUGAUCUAAAGUCUGUUACGAAGCUCUCGUACAGUCAGGAAAUAAAGACGACUCGCAGCUCUGCGGAGAAAAGUGAAGCGAACAGAUGGAGCGCUCCGUCUCCCUCUGAGUGUUUGUGUGUUUGUGUCCCGGUGUGUGAACACACAAACACACACACACACACACACUCAUACACAACACCUCUCCAGUGUGUUUCAUGUGUGUCCUGUUAGCUGUAGAUCCAUAUGAGAGCUCCACAGGAGGAGAGAGGAGAGGGGAGAGGAGAGGAGAGAGGAGAGGAGGAGAGGAGAGGAGAGAGGAGGGGAGGGGAGAGGAGAGAGGAGAGGAGAGGAGGGGAGGGGAGGAGGGGAGGAGAGGAGGGGAGGAGAGAGGAGGGGAGGAGAGGAGAGGAGGAGAGGAGGGGAGGGGAGAGGAGAGGAGAGAGGAGAGGAGGGGAGGGGAGGAGGGGAGGAGAGGAGAGGAGGGGAGGAGGGAGGAGAGGAGAGGAGAGGGGGAGAGGGGAGAGGAGAGAGGAGGAGAGGAGAGGGGAGGGGAGGGGAGAGGAGGAGAGGAGAGAGGAGAGGAGAGGAGGGGAGGAGGAGAGGAGAGGAGGAGAGAGGAGAGGAGGGGAGGGGAGGGGAGAGAAGGGGAGGGGAGGGGAGGAGAGAGGAGGAGAGGAGAGGAGGAGAAGAGAGGAGAGGCUGGCACAAACACUCCCCUCAGUUUUCUGUUUGAAUCUUCUGGAUGAACCUUCACAGUCAGGAAACAUGAGGAUUGAAGUUCUGCUGUCACGGCUCUGAAGCACCGGGUCAGACCCAGAUGAAAACGGGCCUCUGUGGAUGGAGUUCUCAUGAGUUCUGGAUCCAAAGACCAGAACCAGAACAGGAGAGUGGAGCAGAGGCGGCCGGACUGAAAAUGUUGAGUAAACGUGUGAAAACUCUCAGUCUGAGGUUAAACUCGUCUCUUAAUUUACUGUUUACUCCACUGAGGGGUUGAAGUUACUGGUUUCCAAUGUGCCGACACUACUGGGAGUGGUUGUUUCCCAGUAAAGAGGUGUUAGUGUGUCUGUGGGUGUGGGUUUCACCAUGAGGAGAGUUAUGUAACCUCCACCCUGAGGACUGGUUUCCCUCUCUCACAGACUCAGACAGACUGAGGAGUAAAUGUUCAAACCAGAUGGACUCUCAGAGUCCACCAGAGUCCAGGUCCCCUUUAUCCAGGACAGAAUCAAAUGUCUGUAAAACACGGCGCUGAUUCUGCAGACCGGAUCUGUCCAGGCGGGUCACUCAGAGUCCUUAAAAGUGAGUUUUAAUGAGUCGUUUAGAAGAUGCAGCUGUCUGUGAUGCUGUAGCUCCAAAAAAAGCUCGAAUAGGUGAUUUUAUGAAGCGUAGCUCCUCCUGCAGGUCUUUCCAAAGUCAAGUUCUUUAAAUCUGAUGUGGUUUUGAAGACCGCUCUGGUUCUACACGUCUCCUCAUCUCAGGCAGGUUAAUCCAGAAGAAAGACCUCCUCAGAUUUAGGUCUGACUCUUGAACGACCAGAGGAGCCCCGCCUGAGGAUCUGAGGCGUGUUCAUCAGGUGACGCCAAGAGUCAGAGAAUAUGAUUUUCUUUUUGGCAGUAUUUGCACUCAGUCUUUCUCAGUUGUCAAUAUGAGUUAACGUUAAUUUUUAAAUCUUCAGUAGUACAGGAGUAGCGCCCUCUAGUGGCUGUCAGUAUGAAAAUAACAAACGUGUGAAAUAAUAUAUUUUAAUAUUUAUAAGUCGCACCUGAAUUUAAGUCGCAAACCAACCAAAAUGAAAAAAACUGUGACCUAAAGUCCAGAAAAUACGGUACUUUAGAAAGUAAAAACCGUUAAAACCAGAAAAAAACGGAGCUGCUGUUUCCUGAACAGGUCAGAGGUGAGUGAGCGAGUUUUGUGGGUCAGAACACAAAUGUUCACUAAGAUUCUGGGUUCUGACCCGCGGGCUCUCACGGGUCACUCUGCUGUUGGUUCUCCUGUGGGAUGUCGCUCCUGAAACGUCGUUGACCUUAUCACAGACAGAAAAAUGCUGAGUUCUGACAGGUCUGAGCGAGUCCUGCUGGGACACGAUCCCACCGCCUGCUGAUCCGCUAAAACGUCCCUCAGGCCCAAACUCUGAGCUCCGUCACGAUAACUCACCCUGACAUCAAGAACUCAACACCACAGAGGCCCACCUGAGCUCGGGUUCAGAUUUCUCUUCAUGUCUUCAUCUUCAAACAGGAAGUCAAAGUGGGAGCGGAGGAGAGCCGGGCUCUGAGGACCCGGAUCCAGCUGGCCGAGGCGGCUCAGAAACAGGCGAGGGGGAUGGAGAUGGACUACGAGGAGGUCAUCCACCUGCUGGAGGCUGAGAUCGCUGAGCUGAAGACUCAGAGGGCGGAGCAACCGGCGUCGGCCAAUAAGGUGAGCCUCAAUAGAAAAAAGGUUGUUAAACUCCCCCUAGUGGCCGUUUUUAAAACUGACCUAAUAAAAGUUUUGAUUAAACCGAACUCAUCAUGGAAUAAAAGUCCAGUAAAUGAUUAAAAUUCAAAUAAACUUGUAAUGAUUCAGAUCUUCUCACCAGCCAAAUAUUAACCCUUUAAAUGACGGUUCAAAUCACAAGAAAACUUUAUUAUGAACCUUAAAUGAAUAAAAAUAUUGAGUUGACCGUCCACUCUCAAACUUGAAGUAAUGUUUGGCUCUUGUUUUCAUACAGGAGGAGACGGGGGAGCUGAGGAAGAGAGUCGCCGUCCUGGAGUGUCAACUACGGAAGAGCGAGGCGACCAAAAAAGGUUUUGAGAUGUCAACGGGGAAACUGCUGAGCUUCGUGGAGGUAAAAACCAAACCAGAGGGUUGAUUAGGAGGUUCUCAGAGUGUCAGAGAGUCGACUGAGAACUGAAAAACUUUGAUUUAAGAGAGAAACUCCAGUGUGAGGAGGAGAAAUCUGUAACUGAACUCAUCGUUUGUUUUAUUGAUUAAAUCUUCUGCAGAAUGUCCAAGAGUUCCUGCUGGAAAACCACGGACCAAUCAAAAGCCACAGGUACUUGUGUGCGCUUGUGUGUGUGUGUGUGUGUGUGUGUGUGUAGAAAGAGAGAGCACUAACAGCACUUGCGGCUCGCUGUUCAUUAGCAACACUGUGGUUAUGCUAAUGAGUCAGGUUUGGUCGGUACAAGCUGCUAAACUGGUUGCCGUUAGCAACCGGUAUGUCUGCAUCUUGUGUGUGUGCAUGUGUGUGUGUGUGUGUUAACCUGUAUUUUUGGGGUGCUGUGUUCACUCUUAAGUGUGCGGAUAAUUGUCUGACCCUGACACCGUCGUUAGAGACACAUAAUGAGAGAUCCUGCAGAGCGCACAGCCCAUUAGCCCGACAAACACACAGCUGCCCUCCUUCACACACACACACACACACACACACUCACUUGGUGGCCCAGCUUGGCCUACUUCAGCUCAGGUAGGCCAGCAGUUAGAGCAGAUAAUGGCCGCCUGCAGCGGCAGCCAGGAGACGGUGAUGUUAUGAAACGACUCGACCUGCGAGGUCACGGCGAGAUUUCCUCAUCAAACUGUAAGUGGGAGUUUAACAGGCGCUCUUUUAUAAAACACCGACGGCACUUCUCCACCUCCUGCUGCACAAAAAUGAAGACGAAACGACCUCCAUGAUUCGCACCGACAUCUGGAGAUGGUGAUGGUUCAGAGCCAGAGUCUGUGCGGGAGACGAACCACAACAACCGUCAGGAUCCCAGCAAAAAUCUGUUCAAAUCUGAGAAGUUCAAAAUAAUCAGGACUAAAGCUGUGAAAUAGAAAUGUGCAUCAGUCUGAGAACGCUGGUCUACAGUGACCUGGAUCUGUAAAUAUCACAAAAAACGAAGCUCUGAUCCGGUUUACAAAGACUUUGCUGUAUAAUCCCCGCACUCAGAGACUCGACAGGUUCAUAAACUAAAUAAUAAGACCAUAUUACAGUGAAGCUGAGACUAACAGAAGUGGGUGAACAUGUCCUCCUCUUGAGGACGUCGUAGACAAAGAUGGGGACUUUUUUUCAGCGUAUCUGAAUAUCCUCUACUUCUGUUCUCCAUCUCUCCUUCCCUCCUUUCCUCCCUUCCUUCCUUGUCUCCUCAGCAGUUAUAUGUCAUUGCUGUAAUCAGACCCUCCGUCUCCUCCGCUCCGUCUUUUCUCGGUUUUCUCUCCUGAUUUCUGAUCUGAUAUCUCUCCAAGCGUAACAUCAUAAGUUACCUGCACCUGCUGCUGGGUUGUGUAAGUCUGUCCAUAAAUCAGGUCAAUCGGUCACGCUGUUAAAUCACCCAGCUGCGACACCUCCUGCCCAGGUUUCCUUUUAUUCCAGUCCAGGUCAGUAGGACACCUCGGCUCUCCUUUCAUAACCCCAGGACCCCCUCAGGUUUUUGUUUUUUCUUUAUUCACCUGUUUCUGAGCAGAAUGUGGGCUGAUUACGGCGCGGUUCAUCAGGGUCGGCCGUUCUUCCUCUCCGGUAUAAAAGGCUGUGUGCGGCUCUUUGUCUCCUGUUAAUGACUUUUCUAAUUAAACUGUUCAUCUCUUACACACAUUAGUCAGAGCCGUAAUCAGGAGAGAGGACAUCUUAUAAUAGAAGAGAGAGAGAGAGAGAAAAAAACAAGUAUUGAGUUCUUUCUGUGUUUGAGAUCAGAGUUCACGGAUGAAUCAAAAAGAGUCUCUGAAUAACAGCUGCAGACGAGGCUUCGCUGCGUUUUCACAUCGGUUUAUCAUUCAGAAAACUAAAGGUGAGAAUUUAGUCAUCAUCCACAGGCAGAGAGAGAGAGAGAGAGGGAGAGAGUCAGGAUCUGAAUCUUUACAUAAACAGAAAUAAAUCUGUCACGGCCAAAACUGCAGUUCCUUAAGUGUCCACUCGAGGCUGUCUCAAAGUGAGUCUGUCUCCAUAGACCUCAAUGUGAAAAUAUGUUUCAAGACACCAUCUUUUUAAAAAUGAUAGUUUAAAUUAAUUUCUGAGAACCUGUGACUCCGUCCCUUUACAUACUUUUCCAAAAAUCAGUUUGUCGUAUUAAUCCGAGUUUUGACCCAGAAACUGAUCAGCAUGUUCGCUGCAGGUGUCGUGAUAUGUUCUGACGAUUUAGUUUUUGACUGGUUUUGUGAUUUGAGUUUAUUUUCUGUAUAUUUUCCCCUGUUCCCCUAUAGUCCUGUUUCCCUCCUGUUCUCUGUGUUCGAUUCGAAUCGAAUUCGAUUUUCUCUACCAUGUAACCAGCGUAGUCAGAGUAUGAUCGGACGAUGCAUGUGCGCCACGCCCCCGUAACCCUGGAACAAAACCCCAGAGUAGAGGAGUAGCGUUGGUCUCCUCUUUAGGAAAAGUAGCGCGUCCAUCAUGUCGGACAAAAACAACGCUGUACGUUGCUCCAUCUUCUUGUUUCUCUAAAAUGCCCAGCAGCAGUUGUAGACACUUCUGACGUCUGACACCGACUGUCUGAGGACACGUUCACGUCAAUAAUUCGAUUUUCUCAGCUGCAUGUAAACCAGGACAAGGACAGAAGUCAGAUUUGACGAAAAGAACAAAUGAUGAGCUUCGUCUGAUUAAACUGUGACUGUUAACGAACUGACUGAGGACGUUUUUCUGUCUCUGGGAUUCGGUCCUGUUUUGAAGGACUUAUCCCUUACCUCUCUAAACCCCGUCCUGGGGUGUCACACAGGGACUCCACUGAUCCCAAACAACUGGACCCAGAUGAUAAAAAUAAAAUCCGGUCUGAUUCAUGCUCUGAAAUUGGAUCAAAUCUCGAUAAGAGAGAUAAAAUUGGUAAUUGGAUCGUCCGAGUUAAUCCAGUUUGUGGUUUUGUCCUGAUCAGACCUUCAGUUUGUGUUAAAACUUUGGAGGACCUUUGGGACAGUUUAGAGAAAACCUGGAUGAUCCUGAUCCCGGCAGAGGACUGGACUUCCUCUGGAUUACUGGGACUAAGUAGAAGAAAACUUUAAGGGUCAAGAGGUCGAAUUUCUUAGAUUUAGUCUCAACCUUUAAAUGAAGACACUUUUAACUUUGAGUCAAACCAACUCUGUUCUGUUUUGUUCUUUUAGCUCCGGGGAAAAAGUCGGAGCGUCGUCUCAAGGCCUCCCCCCUCGCUACAAGAAGAGCCCCUGGACCGCGGCCACGCUCGCUCAGGAGGCGAAGGAGCUCACACGGACUGUCAGAGCCAUCCUGGAGGUCGACUGUAAGUGAUCUGAGCUCCACGCAUGCAGGUCUGCACGUCCUCCUCCUCCUCCUCUGUGUUUCUGAGCUGCCCUGCAUGAGACUCUCGCCGGAUGAAACCGAACUGAUCCUGCAAACCUGCUGUUGUUCCUGUCCUCCCCGUUUCAGUGCUGACCUUCUAGAGGAUCCACCGCACAGAGUCGGCGAGGCUCUCGGACGACAGCGGGACCCGACAGACCACCGUCAACCCGAACUCUCUCCCCCUGACAUCUCCACAGCUCCUCUGAACCUGCUAGCAACGGACUCUUGUCUUAAUCUGCAUGAAACUCUGUUUAGUUUCUGUCAACCAGCUCAAUAAUCUCUGCGUAGUUUCUGGAUAUUCGGUUUUCUUCUCUGUGUUUUCACCGUCUCAGAUCUUCACUGAUGAGUCCUUUUCUGAUGAAAACGUCUCAUCUUUAAAAGACUCCCAUAUUUCUGAGCAGGUCAAAACUUCAGGAAGAGACCGCAGUAGAUUUACGGGACCACACAAACGUUCAAAAGUUUUGUCCACCGUUCACUGAGAGAAUGAUGAGAGUUUUGAAACCCAUGCUGCUUCACCUUCAGGUCAGAGGACUCAAGCCAUCUGUUAGCUCCUCCCAUCCAGGAACCAGAACGAAAAACAGAAAUAACGUUACAGCUAUGCAAAGUUAGUGGACUGUUCUGAAAGAGGUCCCUAAAAUAGUUCAGAACUUUUCAAAACAAGCUUUCAAACUUAUCGCCAAGCUGCGUGAGGCUGAGCAAGUUCACCGUAAAAUCUCAGAUUUUAGUUUUUCGGACUUAUUUCUGGUGAAAAUGUCUCGAUAUCGCUGCAAAAAAUAGACUUAAAUCACUUACAAUGAGUUAAAAAAAAUAAUGUCAACAGGAAAUACAAAAAGGCAUUCAAGUUUCUUAAAAUCCCACAUCUUAGUGCUGGCCUCACCGUGUUGACCACAGGCGAGUGACAGCGCUCCCUUUGGAGAUUCGUUACCAGGCACGUUAAACAAAUGUAAAUAUUUUUAGCUUCUUUUAUAUCUAAACUCGUGGAGAUUUUUCAGCAGUUGCAGUUCCUCAAGUGUCCACUAGAGGCUGGCUCAUACGGUGAGUCGACUCCCAUAGAGCGCCAUGUUAACACGUCUGACUUUACAGCAGAAAAAAACAAGUUUACAGACAGGUACAAAAUCAAAUCUGAUAUUUUGAGUUUGUUUUUUUUUCUCGAUCAACUCUUAGAGGACGAUUUAUUUUAUGUAACUCUACGUUUUUUAUUUUACUCAGCUUUGAAGUUACGUACAAUUAGGGGUGUGGCUUCUUUGAACAACAGGCGGGAGCUGCUAAAUGUCACCAAAACUCACAUUAUCUAGAAUUGUGCCUUUUGAACAACUUUUCAUGCAAAUAUCAAACAACAAUAACAACAACAGCGAGUUAGCGGCAGAGUUAGCAUUUGUCUCAUAGAUUUUCUGUAUCCAGCUAACCUGCUAAUAAUCUGGAUGAAACACAAUAAUCUGAAUAUCAAACCCUCAGCUGACACCUGGUUUGGUCAUUUCUGUCGACGAAAUCCAAGAACACUUCGGUCUACAUACCCAAACAAGCCAACAGUAGCUAUGCACCUUAUAUAGAGUCCACGCUAAGGACUUCGGACACGCAGAUCUAGUGCCUAAAACUCGUCUGAUGGAGCGUUCAGUGAACGAUGGACAAACCUGAGCGAAGGUUGCCGUCGUCCUUUAGAUGAAACCCUCUCUGUGUCUUUAUGGUCAAUCAAAACCUUCAUUUCAAUAACAUUUUAAAGCUUUAACGUCACAGUAUCAUACGGUUGCUAUUUACUGUAGCUAGCGUUCAGUUUCAGCGAGUUCAGUUAGAAUAACGUACUGUAGCUCUCUGUCGUCGCUGUUAGCUCUGUGUUUGAGCGGCUCCGCGCUCGUGUUCGUGCCGUAGAUUAGCCACCUGAACGAAGAAGCCUAGAAAUAUCACCAAACACUGUGGGAGCAGAGACCUGGAAAACCUCACUCAGCUUCAAAAAGGAGGUCUGGAAGGACCGAAGGAGGCGUGGAGGAGGUGAAACCCUCCUACUGGAAUUCAGCCGUGGUGGUUUGAUACCAGCAGCGAUCCAAGGACAGGUCCUGUAGAUGUUUUGAACAUGUCUGCAGUUAUUUGCUGUGUGUACUUUGAAUUUUUCUGAGUAAAUAUUCCAAAUAAAAACUGUAAAUAUGACGAGUUUAGAAGUUAUCAGUGUACUGUCUGUGAGAGUUCAUUUUGGAAAUAACUGCCAACCAAAGCACGACUUUCAGUCUAAAUCAUAGACCGUAUGUAGAAUAGACGCCGUCUGCCUCCUCUCUGGGUGAAGCCACUCCGAGAACAGCACCCUCUGGUGACGGGCUGCAGUAUAGGUCAUAAAUCCCGCCUCCUCCAGCAAAGCUUAUGGGGCUGUGGACAAACUCAGACCCUAACCCUAACCUGACAGAUAAUGACGUUUCAUAGUGAUUAGAAAUAACCAAUCUGACCCCAGCACUUCUAGCCAAUCAGAGGCGAAGGAGGGCGGGACCUUCUCCUACCAUCCAAAAAAUAAAUAAAAUUCGCCACCCGGGGGAUACGGCUGUGUUCAAGUUACCUGGGGAGUCAGAAGUCUGAGCUGAAAAUGACGUCACACCCGAGUUCCUAGCGUACUUACAAAGUCGGAAAAAAAAAAAUCGGAGGCGGAGACGAGAUGGCUACAUCUACGAAAGUUAUUUUAGAACUUGCCUUGUCCGAAUAUAAGGCAAGCGCUAAAAUAACUUUUUUAGAUGUAGCCAUCUUGUUCCGACUUGGUAACUGAAACCCUAGGAACUUUGGUAUGACGUCAUUUUCAGCUACGACAUCUUACUUCUGAGGUAACUUGAACGCAGCUUACGCAGUUUGAGCCGAGCGUCAUCACAGCAACAAUGCAACUCUCCCACCAAAUGUGUACAACGCUACUGCGGAAUGUUGGCUAAUUACCAAGAGCUUUUCAGCUUCAAAUCCCUAUACUGACGGUAGGAGGAAUUUGUCCAUAAUAUAUACAGUCUAAGGAUAAACCUGAUAAAACUGACAGGACUUCACUGUCCGCAGCGUCCUGUGUCUUCAGAAAAUCGUGUUUUUGUGAGAUUUCGUCCUCCGCAGUCGUGUUAUUUUGAGAAACCUUGAGACGGUUCAGUUUGUCCGACACAGUUUGUGAGUUUGUGACACAGUCACCUAAUUUCCUCAUCAGAGGAGCGGUGGGAGGAUGUGGGCCAGCUUACAUAAUGAACAGCCGCCGUGCAGCAUCACAGACGCCCUCCAUCCUCUUCCAUCACGUCCUGCUGGAGACAAAAACAAGCCGAGAAAGUAGGUCAGACUCAUCCAGCUCUCACUGUGAGUGUGUGUGUGUGUGUGUGUGUGUGUGUGUGUGUGUGUGUGUGUGUGUGUGUGUGUGUGUGUGUGUGUGUAUUUGUGAGUGUGUGAGCAUCACCUGUAGCAGCGCUUCAUAACAUCCCUGGUUGCCUGGAUACAAGCUCACCUUUUAAAUCAUGAAGCUUUAACUGCAGGAACCUUUGUCUUCCUCUCUCUCACACACACACAGACACACACUCGGGGUUACCAUGACAACCUUAUCUCUCCCUUAUGACUUGGACUCAUAACACACGCACCGACAUCCAUCUCAGGUUUAAUGACAGCUCUCUGAUUCUCCGUUUCAGCCGAUGAGACUCUGAAAUCCCAGCGCCGCUCAGUCGUCGUCUAACUCUCCAUCAGUGACUCACGGCGAGGAGACGAAACCUGACGACCGUUAUUAAAAAGUUCUCGAUGUGUCUCAGAAAUUCAAACACGAUAGAAACGUUUUAAAAGUUUGAUUUCAGGUGGAAGGAGAAGAUGGAGAGGAUCAAACCUGAUUUUAUGAACACUAGUCUGCACGUCUGUUUUGGAUGGAGCUGAAAAAGAACUCGAGGUUUAAAAAACUUUUACCAGGAAUUACAAGUUUGGAGGUUUAGUAACUAAAAUGUAGGUAUUAGCGCUCGCCACCUCACAGCUGUGUAAAAAGUAACACCCGAGGCGAGGGUUUUAACGGACGCCAGAUCAGGACCAAACAGAGAACAGAAAGGAAGAUCUAAAAAUACAAAUAUAUUCACGCAGGAGUGACUCCGGUAACAACCUCGCUUCAGUCACUCUCUCUAAAAUCUUCUCUCCAAAUCCAGCUCUGAUCCAAAACAGACCACAUGACCCGCUGUGAGCCGACUAAAACCCUCGCAGCUCCUUUUUCUGAGCCUCGGUGUUCUCGGCGUGAACUCUGAUCAGGCAGAAAAGGCAAGUGAGGCGAAACGAUGAAGCUGAAACAGGCCAGAGGAGGAAGAGGAGGAGAGAGGAGGCUCAGGCAGGAGGCCGCUCUGUGAGAGUGUGUAGAUGUGUGUGUGAGAGUUUGGAUGUGUGUAGGAAGAGAUCAUCACGUUUAUCAUGCAUUACUUCCUCUCCUUACGGCUGAGUGUGUGUGGGGUCUUGCUGAGUCAGAGUGUGUAUGUGCAUGUGAACAGGUGUGUGUGUGUGUGUGUGUGUGUGUGUGUGUGUGUGUGUGUGUGUGUGUGUGUGUGUGAGGUAAACACCUGCUGAGGUGUUGGACCUGAGUUUGACGUCCCGCACAGUUUCAGACGACCGUCUCUCCAUCGUCUUCACAUUUAAUCAAACGAGCUGAGUGCGAUUGUGUGUAAAUGUUUGUUACCAUGGAGACGCGUGUCCUCCCUGCCGCAGAGACGGAUUAAAUCGGUCACAUGACGCUUUUGAAAGUGACCACGGCGGUGUUAGGUAACGGCGCUCACUCAGGGCUCUGACAGAGAGCUGACCUGGUUUGAGAGAGAGAGAGAGAGAAAGAGAGAGAGAGAGAGAGUGAGGGAGAGAGAGAGGGAGGGAGAUUGUAAAUGAGAAGAAAACUCUUCCGUAACAGCGACGGGUCAGGAGUCUGAAAACAUCGGACAAUGACGAUUCAUGUAGAGAAACUAGGAGUCCAGAACCUGGUCUGCUGGGUUCACGAAGGUCUACAGUCAUGAUGGGAAGAUCAGUUCUUUUGACUGAAUCUUUAGAAUCAGUUCAUUAAAGCGAUUCGUUCUAAAGAUUCAUUCAUCGAAUCAGUCACAGCGUCGUUCUCUGGGUGACUCAUGUCGUUCAUUCGCCAAGUCCUGAAGGAAGAAUCACUUCCCUGCCCUGAAAAACUCGCCUCUUCGUGUGUCGCUGUCUGUCGGUGGAAACAACACGGCAGCGAGCAGCACGCCGCUAAAUGAGCACGAGUCGUCGUUCUACUAUAUCGCAGAAAAGUGGAGAAAUUAAAAAUAAAUAAACAUGUCAGCUCAACCAACCGCUGCUCGGCAGGAAGUGAACGACGCUACACCUCCCUCCCUCCUCUGCCUGAAUAAAGUCGUUGAAGUCGUUAAUUUCGUUCACAGUCUGACUGAUACAUGUCGUUCAAGACUCCGCCCACUCGCUGGCUGGCUGUGUGUCGUCCACCAAAGAGUCAGAGGCGGCAGUUCCACUCCUGAUCAGCACGCCAGACUCAAGGCUGAACUCAACUGAAGUGAGAAAGGAACGAAUCAGAUCUCAGAGCGAUUCAGUUCAUGUUCGGUUCUUUUGAACGAAUCGUUCAUGAACGACACAAACACUCGUCUGCAGACUCACCCUGAUCUGAGGAGGUGAAUUCGUCCGUCAUAUGAAACCAUGAGACUCUCUUUUUAUGAAAUCCUCUGAGGAUUAACGCUCCAGAGUCAGAGUCCGGGUGAAGACCUACUUCAUUCAGGUCCAGCCGGACCACUUGGCCCCGGCGGCUUUUGUUCAGGUCGUCACAAAGACGGUAACUGAAGACGGCGGUGGAGGCUUUCAGGGUUUCUAGGAAUCUUUAGAGUCGUGUAAGUGAGCCGAUCAUUAGUGUUUCUUUGACGGACGUGUUUCUCCACCUGACACCCGCCUCCUGCCCCCCCCGGCCCCCCCGGUAACCUUCAGAGUGAAACCCGGUCUCUGAAAUGGACCGCACAUCUUCACACUCUUCAUUCACAGACUCACAAAGCAGCUCCUCGCUCCGAUCAGGCGUCUUUGUCCCGGCGGUGAGAACUGCAUUGUGGGCUCUGUGUUCAUACAUGAAGAUUACAGUGACGGGGCGAGGACGUGGGAGCGUGUGACUUCCUGUGGGCUUUCAGUCAGAGGUCGUUCACAGCAGCUCAGGAUGAUGAUAGACGAUGGCGACGGCAGCAAUCAGACCAAUCACAGAGCUCGUGGUCCACGCCACUUUCACUGAUACUCAUCUGAAGCGUCUUAUGGCGGGGAGAGCACGCCUCUGAUGUUUCCUGUUCACACAUGAAAAACCAGAACAGGCAGAGCAGCAGCAAAGACCCCCAAGACCAGAACAGACCGGCGUCAGAGACACACGAGGACUUUAAAGUCUCAGAACAUCCCCGUCAGUCCCAUCAUCAUCAUCAUCAUCAUCCAUCAUCAUCAUCAUCAUCAUCAUCAUCAUCAUCAGGAGCUCCACCUCUCCGUCUUUAAGACACAAACAGGUUAACGCACACCUGAUCGCAGAUCUCAGGUUUCCUGUUCCCUGAAAGACCCGGUCCCUCCUCAGAACUGGUCUGUGGACUGAUCUCACUGUACUUUUCCACCAGGUCUCCUGGUCUCUCCUGGUCUCUCCUGGUCUCUCCUCUUACUGUACCGGAGCUGCUGGAUCAGGAAAACCCUCUAAACCUCGAUUCAGGAACAAAAGAGGGUUUUAGACGCCUGUCAGAAAACUGAAACCAGAGACGACUGAGGAGAGACCGAGGCGUAGACGUGAUACACUAGAUGACACUCUAUGAAAUCCAUCUAUACUCAAAGAUAGCGGGCUAAGAGCUCAGGGACAGGGUCUGGGACUACAGGUCCUGUAGAGUACACGCAGGCAGGAGCAGCUAAUCUGAGCUAAAUGCAAUCAAGCUAACAGGACCCGGCGUCAAUGCUAACAUUCAGAAGAUACAGAACCCGGACCAUUUAGCAGGUUAGCAUGAACUUUUAGCUGUUAGGGGGUGUCGCUACCAGAUCCUUCCCAGAAACCCGAUCCGUACUGCGCAACUGCAAAUUUAUGUCUCCUUAAAAACUUUAUUUAAACUACUGAUCGAUUCAGAAACAAGCUAGCCUCCUGCUAGGCUAGCUAGCAGGAGGCUCCAGAGCUAACGUCGAUGCAUUCGCCAGAGCUCCUGCCCAGAACGGUGAGACUUUUUGGGCCACAGAGAGAGCGCCACCACCUGGUCAAAUGAUGGUUCUCUGAGUUUUCAAAGUAUCAAGGGGGGACGGUCUGGAGGUGUGUGCCCACCCUUUAUGCACCCUUCCUGGGCCACAGAGAGCGCUACAACCUGGUCAAAAUCGUGGGUCUCCAUUUCUCUAGUAUCAAGGAGGAACCUUUAAUCAUAAAACUGGGCGCCAUUCUCUUAACUUCUCUUGGUGUUCCUCCUGCAGGUCUUCCUUACGGCUGGGAGGAGGCGUUCACCGCAGACGGAGUCAAAUACUUCAUCAAGUAAGAGUCCGACACAGAACACAGAUCCUGUUUCUGAACAUUUGUUUGAUAAAUUCUGAUGUUUUUGUUCUUGUGCACAUUAAAAAUUUUAUUCCUACGUCAGAAUUUAGAACCUUUUCUUCGCACAUUUGAUAAAUGAGGCUCCUGGAGAGGUCAUCUGAGUGAGUCCUGCUCCAUCUGGUCUCAUCGUCUCAAACUGAUUUAGUGUUUCUGAUCUUUCGGACCUCUUACAGUCAUGUGACCCAGACCACCUCAUGGAGUCUUCCUGUGACCACCACCAGCAGCGGCAGCAGCAGCGGCGUCCCGGUUCCUCAUCCACCUUCAGGGACGUCUGAGCUGGAGGCGGAGCGGGACGUGGAGGGGUCGGACCGCAGGCCGAGCCCGUCUAUAGAGACUGAGAUGUAG